AUGCUUCCAAAGACACCGAUCAAAGCUUUAAUUUUCCUCUUAGUAACUUUAAUGUUUAUAACGGAGAGCCAGUCUUGGAGGCGGCGUUAUUGGUGUUCAUCAGUGAACUGUCGGGUCAGCUCUUGGUCGACUUGGUCACAGUGCAGCGCUUGGCAGUGUGGAACCGCUGGUAACCAACAAAGGACAAGGCGCGUGAUUACCAAUCCAAGCUGCGGUGGGGCCAGCUGUCCCUCCAACAUGGUAGACAAAAGAAUGUGUUACGGAAAUACCCCAAUUAACUGCCAGGUCAGUUCUUGGUCUUCAUGGUCGGUAUGCAGCACUGUGCAGUGUAGGAAAUCAGGCUUUGAACAGCGAUCACGCUAUAUAAUUAGGUAUUCUAUUUGUGGAGGAACAGCUUGCCCCUCCACGUUGCAAGAAACCAGGAUCUGUUAUGGAACUAAACCGUCUGCAUGUAUCUAUUCCACAUGGUCGACAUGGAGCUCGUGUCCAGCAUUCCGGUGUGGAGAAACUCAAACAAGCAGUAGACAGAUUGAUGCAAGAGAGCAAUGUGGGGGAACACCAUGUAAUAUCACGGCCUUAAGCAAAACUAGAGCUUGUAAACAAACAUUUUGCGUCAACCAGGGAACUUUAUCAGACGGGAAAUGUUACUGCAAGUCGGGUUUUCAUGGUAGCUGCUGUCAGUAUAGUAGUAAGUAUACUUGCAUAAUUUAUCCCAAUCAAAAGGCAUUUUCAGUUUCCGAAUUUCUUCUAAUUUCUAAUAGUGAGAUGCGUUAUAAUACGAAACACUCACUUUUAAAAUCGAAUGGAUUUUUUGAAACAUUAAGGAAUAUCUUGGAUCUUCAAAGCAAUCUGCAGUUUCACUGUGCUGCAUCAUUCAAAGGCAACGCUAAAAUAUAGCCCUAUAAUGACCUCCGAAAUGGCAUAAUCUCUUUCCUUUAUUCCACGGCGGAACAGGAAGGGAAAAAAUAAAAACAACAAAAAGCAAGUUCAAUUUUUCUAACAUCAAAUGGUUCUAUUGUUGGAUAUAUUAACAUUACAGGAUCCGUAAACAAUUCCCCCGUUGUUAAAUAAAAUACCAUGACCACAUUAGAGGAGAGGAGUUGAGUUCGCUGGUGCAUUUUCCGCGGCCGAGUAGGAGAGAGGAGCAAGAGUUUGCUGGUUCAAUUUCCGGAAUCGAGUGGGAGAGAGGAGCGGGAGCUUGCCGGUUCGAUUCAAGGCACCGGACUAAUACUUUCUUCUCUCUUUCCCCUUCCCAUCGUGCCCCGAGCGCUCUCUUUUUCUUUUUCCCAGGCCUCCCCACAACACAAAGAGGCCUCUGCAGAGGAGAGAGGUUUACAACUAUUGUGGAAAGAUGGCUAUCUAUUUCGCUCUUCUCGAUCUCCGAGUUGCAAUCCUCUUUCUGGCUGUCGUACGUAUCUCAUCCGGUCAAACCAUCCCGCCAUGCAAAAACAAUGAUUGCUGUCAAAAGGCAAAACAUCAAGAACUUAACAGUUCUCGUCGCAGUACGCUGAGUCACUACAAGUCAGGCCAGGUUCCGCUAUGCGACAAAGGUCUGAAAGCAGGAUGGUACCGAUUUACCAGCUUUGUCGGUGGCGAAAUGCCUACCACAAAAGUCGACGAAAAUCGUUGUGGAACCCUCCAUCCAAUUUGGCUGAGAACCCCGACUGGCACGCAUCCGCGUCCUUCCACCAAGGCUGCUCCGGUGACAGUCACGGCAUGCGUCAACAUCAAUGAAAGAAAUGGCGGUUGCUUCCAUUCCUUCAACGUAGGCGUCAAAUUUUGUCCAGACAACUAUUUCGUCUACUAUCUUGCACCGAUGCCUUCAUGUAGCAUUGCUUAUUGCGCCGGUAAGAUUUCCUUAAAAGCAGUAAACAAGUGAACAGUGUUUGAAGGCGAAACGUCCACGGUAAAUUACUGGCCUGUAAAAGUUACAGUUUUAACAUCCACUUGGCGCCAACUUCUAGAGCUGUUUCCUACCGGGAAAAAUCCCUGCGAUCCUAAGUUCAGUGAAGUUAUUCCCCGGGGGUACCCUUUUAAUGUAAUAUGGGGGUGUCUCGCUAAGUCUUUGAGACUCUGGACCUGUUCCAGACCCAUGGACGACGAGUGAGGCGUAGUUUUGCACCAAAGCUGGAUCUCCUCUUCCGGAGAUCAAGGGCAUUCUUAUACGCUAUUCCAGGUUAGAAAGGCAAAAGCAUUUACGCUGUUGAUUGGCUUAUAGCCCAUAUGUGGGAUUAGCCCCCCCUCCCCCCCCGGGACAAGCUAAUUAAGAGAUGACGUGCACCUACAGUCACCAGUUUUCGUCAGUUGUAUUACCUUCGUGUAAAAGGGGAAGGGAUGCGUUUAUGACUGUUUGUGUGUGUAAUUUACAGUGUGCCUGGAGUGUGACUGUGUGAUUUUGUAAACGCUCCUCACGUCAACCGUUAACCUAAUAGUUGCGUUGAUAAUUACUAAUUAACUAUUUGGUAUCCUUUCCUACUUCAUGGAAAGUCGGUUUAAUACUUAUAUUUUGCCUUUGAAAGGAGGCGGUAUUAUAAAAAUUCGGCUUUUGGGAGGAAUGAUACAAUUGACCACCAAGGUUUGUUCGACGGAGUCUAAAUAGAGUGAGUUGAAGUAUUGACUCAAUGAAAAGCAAAAAAUUCAGUUAGCAUGAUAGCUUGCACGUCUCGAGGCUUAAGUGUUUAUCAUUUCCAACAAUAUCAACAUAUGGAUGGUUUGCUAUACUCCACUCGGAUAGCGUUUAAGAUAUUUGUUUUUUCUUUUUUGUCACCGCCUAGAUAUUUUUCAUAGAUGGGCGUGGAAAUUUCUAGAGUCCCAGAUGCAUAUAACAGAUAUAGAUUCGAAAAUUUCAAAAAGAAGCCGAAGCUAUCCAUGCAAAUUUCCAUGUAACGCUGGCAUAUGCAUUCGCUUUACCAAUUUUAAAGAUUUCAAUUACUGCAAAUCGCCUAUGAACAACUAUAUUGACGGCUUCGCCUUUCAAAGGGGUGGAAAAACGAAGAGACAGGCAGUCUGUCGACUCAGUCUCGCGUCACGCACUUUGUACUGCUUCUCGUCCGCUCGAGUAGGAGGUUCUUGUACACACUGUAGAACUGCUUGCAGCGUAGCACAAUAUUGAUCGAAUGCUUCGUGCUUGUUGAAUUGUAAAACAAGUAUGUAAACAGCUCUACAAAACUUGAAAGAAAAUGUUGAUUCAGCAAUAGCCUUGAUUUCUCGUCUUGAUGUGCUUCCUUCUUUACGUUAUGGCUCUGUAAUUGCUCUUGCAGGGCCACGGAGUUGAUUCCUCUCGGCUUGCGGAAAUCUCGCUAUGACAAAUAUCCUGACGAUAAGGCGCGCCACGGCAAAACUUAAAAAGUCGCUAUUACAUGGACACGCUCGCAAUUGCGGGCAUCCGGACACCUUUGCAGGUCUUAACAGCACAAUUCCAUCGUUCUGACUCUCAUUGCGACGGGCAUUGAGGGUGGGGGCUAGCGAUAGACCUCUUUCAUAAUGGCGGCUCAUUUAUUUAUUCUUUGAUAUGUAUAUAAAUGAGCCUUUCUCGUCUCGUUUGAAAGUAAGAAUUCUUUGUAUAUUGCACCUGCUAACAGUGAGAAAGGCUAAUUAUCAUACAUAUAGAGGAAUAUAUUGAUAGGCCGCCACUAUGGAAGAGGUCUACGGCAGUAUUGUUACACUGCGGCAUUUUAAUAACGAGUUUGCUUUUUACAGGGAAUGGAAAGCCAUGCCCUUAUGGACAAUCAGGAAAUUCGUUAAAAACAUGUUCGGGUAAGUUAAAGUUCAUUAUCUGUUGCUGAGUGUUUGAAAAACCUGGCCUUUGUGCGGAAGCGCGGCUAUAAUAAAAGUCCUUACAUUUCAUAUAUGUAUGCGAAUUUCUGGAUUUCUGGCAUCCAUCGUAAAUAAAUAAAAAAAGAACGAAUUAAUAACAGUUUAACGCAAGGGUACAAGGGAUAGAAUUUGCGCACAAACCUAAAAGACAUAAAAUAAAACUCGAACCCUUUUCCAAGUUUCCUUGGGUUUAAAGUCCACGAGACGGUUAGUUCUGAGAAAACCAUCAUCUCACAUAUUCAGGUAGGCGCGUAACCGGGUAAUGUAUGACGUGUACUAGCGUUUCAGACACGCUGAAACUCCUCCUCCAUGUCCUCCCUCAUCCCUCGCGAAAAGCUUGUACACAUCUCUUGACACACUAGAACCUUCUGGAACUUAGGAAAAAAUAAAGGAAGAGCAAUCAUGUCACUUUAAACUUGUCAUGUCAUUUUUGUUUCAAAUUACAGUCAUUAUUUCUGAUUGCAUUACUGUUUAUUGAUAUAAUAUUGUUAUACUUUCGUUCAGCUUCACCGGUGAAGUUUCCUAGAAGCUACUUGAGCCGCCCCAAUAUUACACAUAAAGAUGAAAAGGGAGCAAGGGUCAAUCUCGUCUGCAAAGUACCCAUUAAUCCCACGAUAAUGCAAUGGAAGAAUGUCACAUACGUUGUUCACUGGUAUGCGGACGGAAAGCAUGUAUACACAGAGCCACAAUUUUGUAAACCUACUAACGAAAGUGCGGGAGCGAACGACCAACCAUGUCCAAAUAAGACCGAAAUUCGCUCUUAUCUCAGAGGAGUUGGUAAAAACUAUUACCCAGGACAAUGGGUAAGUAAUUUUGUGUGGGUAAUUUUUUCAGUUUUGUAUUGUUAUAAUGUUUUUUUUAUCGUUACCUUUAAAAACAUAAAAUGAUCUGGAAGAUUAUGACGUCGUCAAAGUGCAAGGUCAACCACCGUCGUAGCCGUAAUAGAAGAUUGAGGCACUCCAUUCCAAAGUCAAUUUCAACACUGGAAAUGAAAAAACUAAUAAUUGCGCGAGACAAGAGGAGCCUGCAAUCCUAACCUUCAGGUUGUUAUUACGCAUGCGUCUCAUGUGUGUAGCCAGCAUUCCUUUGGACUUCCACUAAGAAUGUAAGGAAUGCAUAGAACGCAUUUUGAUCGCUCGCAUUUGGACCUUCUAUGACUCCUAAUCUGAUCACGCGUGUUUUGACCAUCUGUCACGUGAAACUUACGCAAGGCACUGCGCUGGAGAAAAAGCGUUUUGCCCCUCGAUCGUUGUCGUGCGCACUCCGUAACCUUUGGUUACUAUUAGUAAUUGCGUUCGAGAUACGAUAACGCAACACCUAAUUUGUGUUGGGUGUUCUGGGCAUUAUUGGGUUCCCCUGUGCAAUUAAUAAAGGAGGUUUUUCGAGAUUGCAUUUGUCGUCGUCGUCGACACACAGUUGCCUCGCUUUGAGGUGCUUGCUUACGUUUUGCCUCACUUUGGCGAACUAACUCACGUGGUGAUUCGUGCGUCCUCAAGCUUUUGCUGAGGUCUUUAUUCUGUCUUUUCGUAAAGCUUUCUCAUCUUUUAAAAGUUUGCUGAAUCUUCGUAAAGCGUACAUAUUUAAAGAGUUUGCUGAAGGUCUACUAUCGACCUGUGUUUGCUGAAUCUUUCAAAACGUUCAUCUUUCAAAAGUUUCGGCGGCCGUUGUGCCACAAAGUAAAUCUACCGAGUUGUGCAGCUCGGCGGCCAUUGUGCCACAAAGUAAACCUACCGAGAUGUGAGGCUCGGCGGCGCCGUUUCAUCAUGACUUGUGAUAUUUUUGGCACCGGACAAGCGAACAGUUUAGGUCUAUGUUAUUUAUUCGGAAAAACUUAGAAACAGCCCACAGUAGCUCCACUCAAGUCACUGAAAUCAACACACGCGACCUAACUACUGCACUUAUUGAGACGGACCAUACGAUAUCAUUAGCCUUCAAGGCUUUUUCAUAAUGAUACACAGUUUAAAUAGAGGUUUCGCUGUAAGCAAUCCUUACGUAUAAAAUAUGCCAUGAUUAAAUUAAAGCUAAAUUAAUGAUCAUAUGAAACCACUCUCCCGUGAUGGCAGCGAUAACAAUAGCUGAGAUAUAAAAAGUCCUAUCUCAGCGAUCGUUGUCGCUGCAAUCGCAGAGAGAGUGGUUUCCAUAUGAUCGGUGAACUUUUUUUUUUCUCAGCGACCGCAGCGAUCACAGCGAUAGUAGCGAUCAUAUGGAAACCGGGCUUAAUCUAUCGUAAUAACCAUCCACCCUUCCUCCUCAACUGCUACGUGUACGCUUUACAAACAUAUCGAACGCACUCUUCUAAGCUCCAAUUACUCCUAGUAAUUGCGUUCGAGGUACGAGAACGCAACCCCUAUUUUGCGUUGUGUGUUUUAUGUAUUAUUGGGUGUCCUGUGCAGUUAAUAAGGGAGGUUUUUUCGAGAUUGCAUUUGUCGUCGACACACAUUUGCCUCGCUUUGAGGCGCUUGCUUACGUUUUGCCUCACUUUGACGGGCUAACUAACGUGGUUAUUCGUGUGUCCUUAGCCUGUUCACAGACCCUCUAUUUUCUCUUCAAAGUUUGUCGAGCGCACGUGAUAAAAAAUACACCGCGGGGGAUUUAUUGACCGCCAGCGCAAAGGUGUAGGGGUGGGGGAAGAAGAAAAUAGACGGUCUGUAGACAUCUUUGGGAGCGACUGAAACUUUCUUUUCCCAGGAAAGGCAAAUUACCAUUGGCUGAACGGCGAUUAUCCUGUCAUCAUCAUGUCAACGAGUCAUCACGCUCGCGUCAUCAGACUAGAAGUGAUUUGGGACUUUAAGAUCCAACGACGCGGACGACAACGAGAACGUCAAGAAAACAAUUGGUUUAAUUAGCAAAGCAACAACUUCGCACGUGCAUCACACUUUUUUGUACAUUUCUUUCCCGUUUUUGCACGACUACGACUUUAAAAUGCCUAAUUUCGCGUUUUAUGGAGGACGGAAACAACCAACGACGAAAUUUUAUUUCUCUUUCUGAGCUUGAAUUUUGUCCCUUGAAAUUCAGCUUCAGGAGGGUUCGCCUACAAUGGACAAAGUAAGUGGGUAGGAAUAAUCGCUAUAAAGACUGAAAUAACGCAAAUUCAUUUUUUCAGCGACGUUCUUGUCGCCGUCGCGUCGUUGGGUCUUAAAGUCCCUUUUGUUACUGCCUGGACGCGCUAACCGCGACACUUACUACUGCAUUUGCAUGAAAAAAAUAACAUCGAUUGCGACUCGGGAUGCAGUCAUAAUACAAGUUUGUGUUGAGCAUUCUUUUGUUUUGGAGUAUGGACUAUGGAAAGCGUGCUUGACGAUUGUUUGGCGCAGUUUUCAAGCAAAAACGCGCUCAAAGAAGAGCAGCACCAUGCUGUUUUCGGUUUACUGGGCCGAGUAAAAAGGAUGUUGUGGCGGUUCUUUCCGCAAGGAUUUUGGGAAAAGUUUAAUUUACCAGUUGUUCGCACAGUGAAACACAAACAAAAAGAAAAGAACGUGGUAUUAGUUGCAUCGUAAUUACAAAGUAUUAUUACCCGAUCUGACCAGUUUGGUGGAUUUCGUAAAUCGUAAAAAAGCUGGCAACUCCGCUGAUUUCAGUAUACCCACAAUUUCAGAACGCGAAGUUUUAGAAAUCAUAAAAUCACUCCCAUCAAAUGUUGCAACUGAACUUGAUGGAAUCAGUUCCCCUUUGUUGAAAUUAAUCGCCCCUGCAGUUGCUCCAAGUCCAGCAAAAGUAAUAAACUGCAGCAUAAUUAACAGCAUCUGCCCUGCUCAACUCAAACUAGCUCGUGUCACUCCGAUUUACAAACAGAGGAGUAAAACCGAUCUUGACAAUUACAGACGUAUAUCAGUCCUCCCUGUCAUUUCGAAGAUUCUCGAGAAACAUGUCUGCAAACACUUCAUUGCUUUUCUCACUAAUCACGAUUUACUGUAGAAAUGCCAAUCGUGUUUUAGAGCUAACCACUCCUGCGAAACCAUCCUUAUCAAAAUUACAGAUGAAUGGCUAGAAGCAUUGGAUAAAGGCCUCUUUAAGGGUGUUGUUAUGAUCGAUCUGCGCAAAGCUUUCGACAUUGUAGACCAUAAAAUGCUGCUCAAGAAACUUCAGGUGUAUGGCUUGAACACUAACUCCCUUAAAUGGUUCCAUAGUUACCUCAGCGGAAGGUAUCAAAAGGUAUGUGUUGACCGUAAACUAUCUGAACCGCUUGGUAUUCACUCCGGUGUACCGCAGGGGAGUAUUCUUGGUCCUGCUCUUUUUCUGCUCCUCAUAAAUGAUCUACCUCUAGUACUGAAGAAUGAUAUUGGCAUUUAUGCCGAUGCCUCGACCCUUUAUGCAUCUGCACCUACCAUAGCUAAAGCCGAGGAGAAAAUUAGACCUGACAUUGACGCGGAAUCGAUGUGGGCAAAGGAAAAUAAAAUGAAAAUGCAUCCAGCAAAGACAAAGUACAGUAUAAUCUCGACAAGACAAAAAAUUGCAAAUUCAGCAAAAAAAUCUCUUGACCUCUCAGUUGACGGCAUGCAACUCGCUAAGGUUGAGUCAGAACGUGUCUUGGGAGUAUAUAUUGCUAGUCAUCUCACAUGGAACGAACACAUUGACACACUGCGCCGAAAACUACUUCAAAGAAUAGCAAUUUUAGCAAGAGCUCGGAAAUAUAUACCAACCAAAUAUCGAUUGCUUCUCUACAAUGCAAGUAUCAAACCGCUCUUUCCUUAUUCUGCUGUACUGUUUGGAGCAACUGUAGCGAAACCAAAUGCAACUUAGAUGAACUGUUUAAACUUAAAAAACGUUGCGCUCGAUUAAUUUUGGAUAGUCCUCGGAUAGUCUUGGAUAGUCCUCGGGAUCGUAUGAUAAUUUUCAAAAGCUUAAGUGGCUACCGUACCGCUUGAUCAACUAUUCAGCUCAAUAAACUCGGCCUUUUAAAGAAAGUUCUUGAUCGUACGGCACCGGAAUACUUAAUUACAACCUUGGACUCACUUCGGUUUGAACACAAGUACUCAACCAGAACAAAAACAUUAUACCGCUUACCGAAACCCAGAACUGAAGCAAUGAGGAGAACAUUCUUUUAUUCCACUAUUAAAGAACUAAAUGCUCUUAACUUAGAACCAACCACCUCCUUUAGCUUAAUGAAGGCAACACAGACUAAUAACGUCGCCUCAAACUAUACGGUGGACAUGCAAUUCUAAAGUUAAAAAGUUACCCUGAUUUUCAAAAAUCCGUGCUUUUUUUAAUAUCAUUGUAGAUUGGAUUCCCUUUUUUACCAAUGUAAUCACUUCCGUUUUUACAUCUCUCAAUUUUUUAAAUCUCUAGAAUUUUUAAGAACCUUUUAUUAUAAUCACUAUUUGUAAAUAGGCUUUUUAUCAUGAUUGUUGUAAUUUUAUUGUUAUCAAUUUUGUUUUUAAAGGGCCACUAGGGAGGGAGAAUACUUGUUUAGAAUUUUCAAGAUCCUUUAUUAUAAUUACUAUUUGUAAAUAGGCUUUUUAUUACGACUGUUGUAAUUUAUUAUCAUCAGUGUUGUUUUUAGAGGGCCACUAGGGAGAAUACUUUUUAUAGUAAUUGGUGUCACCCUCUUAACCCUUUAAGCCCUAACAGUGAUCAGCAUCAAGUUUCUCCUUGUAAUAUCAAUGCUUUGUAAAACACAGUGGUCAUGAGACUCACGGACAUGAUCACACAAGAUGAAUUUGCUUGAUAUUUUAUUAACUUUUCCCCACUGCUUCUGUGGGAAAUGAAUAGGGGUAACAAAUGAGAAUUCAAAUUUUGAUCUUAGGGUUUAAAGGGUUAAAAUAAAGGUUAUUAUUAUUGUUGAAGCAAUGAGAGAAGCUGACAUUUCAGCCAUUGGAUUACCCUGCCUGCCGCGGAACCAUGAGGUGAUGUGAACAUUCUUUCGAAAGCUAUCAUCGUCGUGCGUGCUUUCUUUAAAGCUAGUUUUACAUAAUAAUAUAAAAUUCUGCCCAGGAGCUUCAGUCUAACCUUAUUACUGUAAGGCGAGCAAACCCUACGUGACUGAUCUUCUGUUUGCGAAACGGUAAAAUCAAAAUUUCUUACAAAAAUCCUCCGCCCACUUUCGUUUUGUAAAACCGUCACGAACACCCUCAAUACGGAUUCACUGUAGCUUUAAUACGGGAAUGGGAUGAUUGCCCAGUACUAUCGACGUAUAACGAGCACCCACAUAUCCUACAAAAAUCCGAUGGGCCGAUUUGUUUUGGCUUUGGACCUCUUUUAGCCGGCUUUUUUGGCGUUGAAGCAAUCAGAGAAGACAUGCUUUAACAAACACGCGACUCUGUUUGAUCCUUACACUAUCAAUUUAUAUCUCAAAUAUCAUUGGUCCAAUUUAAUUAGUAUUAUGAAAGCGGAGGUGAUAAUGAUAAGCCGUUGACAUGGGGGAGGGACUUAAAGGGACAGUGUCCCGAUUAUGCGCACGCGCGAGCGUCAUCUGUUUUUUCUUCAAAAGACAAUAGAACUGUCAUAUUGACUCGACAAGAUUUCCUUCCGGACCGCACCGCCGACAGAGAUUUGUUGUUUAUAUUCUCAAGUAAUAUUUUAGACUUUCAAAGAAGUCUUUCGUCUUAUAUAAAAAUUUGGCUCGCGGUUCGAAGACUUAUCGCGAUUUUAUCGCUAGCUGGGCCGCCUCACGACCCGAAAAUCUCAUUCCGCUCGCUUUCAAAACAUAUUUUCUAAUUUGAAACUCGUGUCAGAGGUCAGUUUUUCCAAGUCUAGUAAUAUCUGCCUGAUUUGCUCGCGUUCUAGCCUCAAACGUUUGAAAGACAUAAAUAAAAAUGCAAUCUCAACUCUAUGAAUCAUCAGAAAGGUUAGCCAAAAAUUAUAUUAUGAUUUCAUGGCACUAGUUUUUCUAAACAUUUAGUGCCUGUUUGUUUGAUUUUGUCGGCCGUUAGGGAGAUUCAUUUAAAAAAGUUUAUUAACGCGUCGUUGCAAAACAUUCUGCUUCACGAAGCUCCCCUCCACAAGAUCUCCUCAGUCACAUCAAUGUCUCAAUGGUUUCUUUCUUACAGUCUUUAUUGUUGCCGUUUCAUUUCUGCGUAUUCCUUUCACAAUUAUCUGAGCUUGUAUGGAAGCUAGCAGAAGAAAUAAGCCUUCAAUCGGCAUCAAAGUGCUUCCAAUCUUUUGGCCCUCCGGCCAACGGCAAUAAAAGUAACGCCAAAAAAUCCAGAUUUUGCCCAAAUCGAAACUUAACAGGAACAAUAUAUCAUUGAUCUGUAAUCCUGAGAAGUUUUAGUGUCGUAUUGAACCCGGUCAAGCGCGAUGCAAACGGAUUUUUCAAGGUUCUCUUACUCUCCUCGCAUCUUUUGAUUUCGCGGCAUCCUGUCCAAAAAUCAAAGUUUAGUGCAUGCGCAGUAACGGGAUACUGUUCCUUUAAUAAAACUCUUUUUUUUCCCAAAAAUGUCUACAGACGUUAUUUAUUUUUCUUUCUCGCGCUCGCCGAUGUUUUCCCAAAGAACGAAAAGAAAAAUAAAACAACGUCUGUGUACAGGCUAUGUGUCCUCAGCGUUCAUCUUUCAAACGUUUGAUGAAGUCUGCUAUUCUGUCUUCGUAAAUCGUUCAUCUUUUAAAAGUGUGCUGAAUCUUCGUAAAGCGUACAUAUUUAAGAGUUUGCUGAAGGUCUACUAUCGAUCUAUGUUUAAUGAAUCUUCCAAAGCGUUCAUCUUUCAAACGUGUGCUGAAAGUUUACACCCUGAGUAAAAUUUUACUUUGGAUUAAGCCUUCAUAUUUUUCUUUGAAAAAUGCGUGCUACUCCUGGUGCAUGCAUCAAACCGGGUUGUUUAGCUCGGUGUCCGUUGUGCCACAAAGUAAAUUUACCGGCGAGUUGUGAAGCUCAGCGUCUGUUGUGCCCCAAAGCAAAUCUACUGAGUUGUGUAGCUAGCGGCCAUAGUGCAACAGAGUAAAUCUACCAAGGUUGUGUAGCUCGGCGACCGUUAUUCCACAAAGUAAAUCUACCGAGAUGUGAAGCUCGGCGGCGGCCGUUAUUCCACAAAAUAAAUCUACCGAGAUGUGAAGUUCGGCGACACUAUUUCAUCAUGACUUGUGAUAUUUUCGCACUGGAUAAACAAACGUUUUAGCUUUAUGUUAUUUCUUCGGAAAAACGUGACCAACCCACAGUAUAGCGCCACUCAAGCCACUGAAAUCAAUACAUUCGACCAAAUUACUGGAAAAGGUAUUGACGUGAGCCGCACACACAUUCCACUGAAGGCUUUGGUGAUUCCCUUGAAACGUGUGAAUUUGAGAGGUGCAGUGUACAUGAACCAGUGUUCAAACAAAAUCAUUGUGCCCCGGCAUUCACCGCAAAAAUGUGGUCUUGGGUCGUUCUUUAAUAUCAUCAGAAGUUAAGAAGACUUGCCAGUAACGGUUUCCGGCAUUUUAUAGUAAAUUUCAGUAAUUGUCUACAUGUGGAAUUCCCAAUAUUAAAUAAAAUUAAUGAUUGCAUCCAAAACUUUGCCAGCUGUUUGCUUUUUAACAAUACCUGGGCCGGGUUGUUCAAAGCUGGGUUAAGAUAACCCAGGCGAGGAGGGUUAGUGCGAAAUUUGAACUUCAUUUGCCAACAAGUUGAUGAUUAGACGCUCUUAAAAAUAACUGAACAAAUUAUCCAAAGAAAUGUUUUUUUAACAAACGAAAAAGAAACCCGGGUUAAGCGCUGAUCGGCCUUCAAACAACUACGCCCUGUAGAACAUCUAUGCGCCAAUAACACCAAAAGUUUUCUUUACACGCCCGAAGAAGCACUCAGGCCAGUGUCUCCUCAAAGAACAAGCACUUGAGACGUACCGUACGAUAUCACGCUGAUCACUAGCCUUCAAAACCUUUUCAUUAUGACACACAGUUUAAAUCGAGGUUUCGCUGUACGCAACCCUUACGUUCAAAAUGUGCCAUAAUCAUAGUUAUCUAUCGCAAGAACCAUCCACCCUGUCCUCUCAACUGCUUCCUGUACGCCUAGCAAACAUAUCGAACGCACUUUCCUAAGCUCCGAUUACUCCUAGUGAUAAUAAUAAAAAUUUUAUACGUUUUAUACUUGGAGAAGGAACGACAUCAUCUUCGUGGUCAUGGGAAGGUCUAGCCUUUAACAGAGCGAAAUAAGUACCUUCUCCCUCUGUAUUUUUAAGAUCCUGAGUAUUAGUCCGGUGCCUUGAAUCGAACCGGCAAGCUCGCGCUCCUCCCUCUCCCUCGGUCCCGGCAAUAGACCUCUCUAGCUUGUUUGUUUUGUUUUCCCAAUAGAGGUCACGUGUUAAUACUCUAGAGAAAUGUUUGUUACAAAUUUCGUCUCAUUCAAGUGCAUAUUUGCGCAUAAAUUAUGAAAAGACAACGGGUUAAGUUCUCCUGGGACCUCUAUUGGGGAAACAGAACAUACGAGCUAAAGAGGUCUAUCGAUCUCGCGACCUUCCGCUCCUACCUUCCACGCGUUCCAGUACCCUCAGCUCCUACCUUCCAAACGGUCCGCAAUCCUAAUCUUCAGGUUGUUAUGACGCAUGCGUCGCAUGUAUGUAGUCAGCAUUCGUUUGGACUUCCACUAAGAAUGUAUGGAAUGCACAGAACGCACUUUGAUCUCGCGCGUUUGGACUUUCUAUCACUCGUAAUUUGAUCACACAUGUUUUGAGACUUAAGCAAAGCACAGCGCUGGAGUAAAAGCGUUUUGUCCUUCUAUCGUUGUCGCCAGCAUUCCGUAAUCUUUGGUUAUUACUAGUAGUAUUUAUUAAUACUAAAACCGGGAGGGGGAGGGGGCGAGAGAAGAGACGAGGUCUGGGACCGAGAAACGAUGUUCUCAUAACUUGCAAAGCGGUCACCUUGCGUGGUGGUCAGCGUAUAAUUGCAGUAUUUUUCCCACAGUAAAUAUUUUAUAAGCGUGAAGCGAACCGGCAGAGGAAAUUAGAUAAUUCAAAUAAUUGAAAAAAAAAAUACCAUGCCUCUUUGCUUUUUUCGCACAUCGUAUUUGUCCUUUGGUCCUGAAAUUGUAAAACGAAAACGACAGUCACUGCAAUCGUGUAAAUUCUUAAACCGGUAACAACACGCGCUGGACAUUGAAAAGUUAAAGAAGCUAUGAUGCUGAUAAAUAUUACUGGAGAAAGUGUCAAAUUUAUCGGAAGUAAAGUCUAUUCAAGAGAGCUUUAUAAAUAUGAGCGUACGUACCUGAAUAAACAGAUUCACCCUUCGAAUUCACAACAACAGUGGUAACAAUCCAGGCAUAGUCAAUCGAUAAACCGAUAAUCGAUAUCAAUCGAUAGCAAUCGAUAACAAUCGAAGAUUGAUAUCGAUUUCCGAUAGAAAUCGAUAACGAUUGAUUUAUCGGAUGUUAUCGAUUAUUAUCGAUUGUUAUCGGAAAAGAUUGUUGUCGUUUUACAAGUUAAUCAUCGAAACAAUGUUGCCUGUAUGGUUUUAUUGAGUCAUUCAAUCAUCAUAGCAUGCAAUAGGUUUACAAUUAUCAACAAAAUACUAUACGAACAAAAACAAUAACAGGAACGUUUGGUCUUUUUAUCGAUCUUCAGCUUCAGCGCAGUUCAGUUUUCUUUUUUGUUAGUUCAAUAACCACACAGCAGUUCAAUAAGAACGCAACAGAUCAAUAACCACACCAGUGGUUCAAUGACCACACGUUAGUUCAUUGAGCGUAAACUACAUGUAGCUGCAAUUAGCCACAAAUACGUUUGUUAUUUUUAAUAAGAAUGUAUAGCAUUAAGUAAGUGGUAAAUACAAAUUUAGCUAUGGUACGAGAACUAAAUAGAUAAAUAGCUAUGUUGCACUGUUAUUAAGUUCUAGUGAGCUCACUAAUAUAGACGGGAACAUAGACUGAUGUUAAUAUAAAAAUUUUAGUCUGCUCAGAAGGUCUGUCAUUCUCAUCAGGGGCACAGUGAACAGACCUGGAAAGAGAGUCAGCGCUCAAAAGGGAAAGCCAACUCGGUCCGGAGAAAACUAUAACUAAAAGCCCGACAAAGCGCGCGUAGAUAAGGCAGAAAAAAAAAAUAAACAGUUAACGGUGGAUGAAACCUUGUGUUUUCACUCUCUUUCCACACGUUUCAAACCGUGGUACCACAGCUGGUCUUACGUGCCUGAGUUGACUACCAUCAAUCCAUAUUUAAAAAUAGUUAUUUUUUACCGUACAAGUCCUGAACUUCCAACUUUCUUGGUUGUUUCAAACUUGAAAGGCCGCUGCUGAUCCUGAUCAUAUUUCAAAAAUCUGCUUUCGAUACGAUGAUGUCUGUCGAGUGUAUCGAUUGAGUUCCGAUAUCGAUUUCUAUCGAUUGACUACGCCUGGUAACAAUUCACCCCGUUUAAUACGAUCACCUUGAAUUCAAAGUUAAAAGUCAAAACGAUCCUAAUUGUUGGUUUUCACAUGACGUCACUAAAAUUCAAACUAAAAAACUAUCGAUCCUACCGGUGCACGGUGCAUUAGAGCAGUUGAAAACUAAUUUUCAUACAGAUUUUCGCUUCAAAAGGGUCUUGGUUUUGUGAUAGAGUACGCUUGAAUUCCUAAGCUUUUGCGUGACGCGGCAUUUACAUGACGGUCAAGAGAGCUGUCAUGUAGGUUAAAAAAAUGACAUUCAGGAAAGUUUGCUAUCUAAACAGUUCAUGUAUUAGAAAAAGUAUUUCUUUAAUGUUUAUGAGUUUCUCGAAGAAUAAAUUCACGCUUUUGUAGCAAAACUCGGUAACAGAUGUUUCUGUUGGUUUCCGUCCGCCAUGUUGGAGCUCAUCCAGGUGAGCACCAGCAUAGCGUCUCCAUACAAAUCUCUUUAAGUUUGGGUAACACAUUUCUUCGGAUAUCUCGUAUACGAAAUAUUCCUCUGACCUGAAUCUUGGCGAGGCUGUGUACCUCCUUUCAUUUCCUAUAGAUUCUGGACUUUAUCUAUUGAACAGUUUUGAUUUUUAUUUUGAUCUAUUUUGAAUGGCGUGACACUGAAAACCAGCAAUAAACAAAUGACAACUAUUACUGAAAGCUGUGUACCUUGAAGCGAUCCUCGAUAGCUCGACUCUUUGGUGGUUCUUAUCAGCCAUAUGUUGCACAUUCUAAACUCUGAGAAGGAAACUUGUUUAAAAGAAAGAGCUAACCAUAUACUAUGUCUGAAAAGCAACAUAAAAUCAAUAAAUUUGCGAAUUAUCAAAAUAGAAAAGUGAGAAACAGUCCCGCCCUCGACCGCCAUGUUUUUGUUCCUUCUCAAAAACCGUUAUCUUUGGUUUUUGACAUAAUGCGCAUGAUCAGUACACAAAUCCGCUGGCAACACCCUUGAUGAUCGCUUUGCAAGUUGUGAGAACAUCGUUUGAAUUUCAUUUAAGGGAAUCUAUGGGAAGUAGCUCCCCCCACCCCCCCUCCCCCUGACUAAAACCAUCACUAAUGUUUUGUUUGUUUUAACACUGUCAGAUACAAUGCGAAGUUAAAGCAAAGUACACUACCAUGAAAGCAAAUCUGUGGUCCGAGCCCAUGUCCCUUUUAAGGCCAUUUUUUGCUGGUAUUAAGGUAAAGAAGCUGCUGUUGGCAGAAAUUCAGAAUCUUGAAGAAUGACUGGCUUUCUUUUCAUUUUUCUUUAUUUGGUUUGGUUUUCUUUUAGUACAGGAAAAUGGAGCAACAUUGUUCAAAUUAGUGUUAAAAGCACGAAAUUUUGCAGAGAUAUAGAGGUCCAUGCCCUGAGUAAAUCUGGAUAGGACGUCACCAUUCCAGAUAGAAUACUUCCAGUUUUAUAACCAUGGAAUUAUUUAUCAUUUAAACAGCAAAAACACAGCCUUAAAGUUAAAGAAUGGGUAUGAAAUUUAUAAGAGAUAAGAUACAAUGUAGUGCACAGUGCUAUCCAUUGAACCACGCCUUCUGAUGGAUGCUUCCAGAAAUAAAGACGAGGAAUACAUUAUAAUAAAAAUACGAAAAUUAUGCACUGUUCAAGCUUGUACAUACUUAAACUCUUGUGUAUGGAUUGAUGUUAUUGUUAUAAGCAACUCUAGAUAGGAAGUCACGCCCCUUUUCAAGUAUAUGUACUUCCAGUUAAACAGCUAUGGAAUGGAUUAUACAUAAAAAGGGCUGGAAAAUAUCGUUUCUAUGGUGUAAUCAAAAGAUUCAAAAAGUCACCGUGAUUGCCUACAUUGCCGUUUGUAUUUCUACGGAUAGAAAUAAAGGGUAACAAAAAUAUGCCUACACGCGUCAUAGUUCUAUACUUCCAUCUCAUCGAUAAUAUUUCCAUGCAGUUAUUGUCUAAAAUAAUUCCACGCCUUUAUUGAGUACUUUCAGUUGUACAGUCAAAAAAUAUAACCCUACACUUUUUUCCGAGCUAAGGCUUUGAAUGGUUUUUCGUGGGUAACACAACCCCUUCUCUCUUUUCCUGGCUAUGUUAUAAGGUUCCUCUAUUAAUGAAAUCAAAGCUCGAUCUUAGAAGCCGGCGUGCAGAACGUAUGCCAAAUUCUAAACACCAAAGGCAUAGAGUAUGCCACAUAAACCUGAUAUGAUCUGCGAUCUGCACUUCUGUCCGAUGCCAUUUAUUUUACUUUUUAACAAAACAAAACAUGAGUCCAAAGUUGGCGUUACAAAUACUGUAUAAUCUUACUCAAACAGCAGCAGUUCAACAUGUUUUUAGUCACCUUAAGACGAAUCGACGAAUGGUCAUUGUCGCUCACGUUAUCCUCUGCACUUGCACAGGGCAGUAUAUGGAAGAUGUGACUUAACACAUUUGCAUCGCCUUUUACAUCCCUUCUCAGACUAACAGCUACAUUCCAGCAACAGUUCAGAUACCUUGGACGCCUCUGGAAGUAGUGUCCAGACAGGCUCCCACUGGCCGCUUGAAGAUUGCUGCCAAACCCAAUCUGAUGGAGACGAGAGAUUUGGACUGGCUAUGAGGGCCUGACCCCAGCAAUGACCUGUCAUGUAGGCUGCUCGCUUAACAUGCUGCAGGAGAGCAGCAAACGUGGGUGGAAUUGCGUUCAUUCUAGUUCUUGUGGGAAUAAAUCCAACCUUGCUUCAUUUGCAGAAACACAGUUACUGGUUCUGUCGUACAUUAGAGCUACGAGGCGCUCCAGGAAGGAAAGGGUCUCGUAGACUGCUUCAGUGUUGGGGUUAUUUUUGGGAGUAUAGCAAACGCUGGAGUAACAUCGAUCCUCAUGGACCUUCCAUGUGUCCCAAGCAGUUUUCCUGCAUUUAUUAAAAGGACUAGGCUUUGAUUACACCCGGUGAGGGCAUGAAAUGCCGGUAGAGCUACGCUUUUCUGAGGACCCAGAACAGCUGCAAUUUUGUGAACCUCGAUACAGCGGAAUGCCUUGCCAGAGCCAAAUGUAAUCCAUAUUUCGCUGGCGCUGAGCCGCCGGAACACAGAAAUAGCUAUAACAACCACGUCGGUAUGAACUGUAUCAAAAGCCUCUUAUUGCGUUCCCUUACUGAAUCCAGGCAGUGAACAAAAAUUCUCCCAUCGGCUUCCUCGUGCGUGCAUGCUAAGAAAUUACUUAUAUCACCAUUUGGUUUGCUUACCACUGACUGGUCGUAAGAUGAUAUUACCUUCUUAUCAAAACAGUAAACGGUCGAGCACAUCGUUGCCAAGAACCUGAACAGUUCCUUUUUGUUUUCGCCUACCCUGAGGAAUCCAUCCCAGUUCGUUGGUAUGGGACUGUUAUGCUUAACUCGCCUUUUUUAUCCCGUUGCCUCGCUUCUCCCUGGUUGGCAUUAUAGGCAUCCCAGACAAUGUCUAUCCUUUUGACAUGAAUUUUCAGCUACUGUUGCACAUAGCUCAGAAACACUUCUUCCCCGUAUUGCUGGAAAGUUUUACAAUGCCCAGGCUUCAACAUGUUAACAUUUGCCAUACCAUCUAUAAGGGAAGAUAACUCUCAUAGGAUGGCGAGAGCUCCUCAACGUAUUUAGCUAGAUUAGACUUAGCGCACGAGUGCAUCCUUUCAAACUUGGCUAUGCGUGGUUUUCAUAACCAAAAAAAUCGCUCAAGUCUGCUCCACGGAUCUGGCAGCUGAUAAAAGACUACGUUGUUGUUAUUUUUCUUUGUUGUCGGCUUACUGAACUAUGGAAGGUUGGUCUUAUGAAUAGGCUCAAAUAAAGAAGUUUCUUGUUAUGAGUAAGAGAUCGAGAACACACAUCCACUUCGUAAGAUAGCAAAGUUUAUUCUCUAAGAACUCGACACGUCUUGGUACAAAUCACGUGAUCUUGUUACAAAGUUCACCCAAUUUUUCCCCUUCCUAAGCUACCUGUUCUCUUUACAAAUCAUAUUACUAAUAAUAAGUGCGGCUGGAAUACGGAGUAAAUAGUAACUCAAGUUUGAAUAAACAUUAAGUUAUAAAUCUGCUAGUACAUGAUAUAGUCUUUAUGCCAACCUGGAAUGCACUUAGCCCGCUUAGAGCGACGAAGACCUGAAGACUGACUGUUGUCGGUAGUUGUCAGUUCCGACUCAGCAUAAGACUCUGUACUAGGCAAGUUUACAUCACAUUGGUCAAUUAUAGAAUCUGAGUCAUCAUUUAGGUACUCGCUUAGAGUAGUAGGUGGUUCCUGAGUAAGAUGAAUUUGACGUCUAUUUCUACGGUACUCUUUACCCGUCUCAUCAGUAAUCACAUAAGAUCUGGAAGCCUCAUGUUCACCCUUAACUACAGCAGGUGCUAAGUGUUUGUCACCUGGUUUCCUGAACCUUACACUAUCCCCUUCCUUAAGUGGGGCUAACUGUUUGGCACCUCGAUCAUAGAAUUCCUUGUACUUAGCUUGACGUCUUUCAAGUAAUAAGUGAACAUCCUUACAGACUUGUGGCACUAACUUUCUGGGGUGGACUGGAACCUGUGUACGAACUUGCCGGCUGAACAACAUUUGGUUGGGUGAGUAAGGAAAAUUACUUCUUGGUGUAUUCCGAUACUCCAUGAGACCUUCAUUUAGGUUACCUCCUUUCCUUAACAUGUUUUUGACAAUGUGUACAGCCUUUUCUGCAAGGCCAUUUGACUGGCUAUAAGUGGGAAUGAUUGUUGUGAUUUGCAUGCCACAUCUAUAAGCAUAUUGCCUAAUUUCUCUGGAGUUGUAGGGCAUGUUGUCGGCCACUAGUGUUUGGGGGUAUCCAUGCCCGGAAAAGAUUUCAUUAAGACCCUGAAUAACAUCUUGACUUGCUUUACCCUUGAGUUGGAGUGCCUCAAUGUACUUUGAAUAAUAAUCAAUGACCACAAGAUAGUUUUGAUUUUUGUGCUCUAAAAUAUCUGAAGCAACUGUCUGCCAGAGUAAUAAAGGGACAUCGCGAGUUUGCAUGGGUUCUUUGGGUUGUUUGCUCAUGCAUUUUUCACAGCUUGAAACCAUUAACUCUUCAAUAUCUUUAGUCAUGCCUGGCCAAAAUACUGUCAUUCUUGCACUGGCUUUGCCUUUUUCAAUCCCACAGUGACUCAGAUGUAAUUUUUGGAGAAUAUCUUUUUUCCAUGGGGAUGGGAUAACAAGCCUAUUAUCCUUGAGUAAAAUUCCAUGUGUGACAUGAAUAUCAUUUCGCACAUCCCAAAAGGACUUUAGAGAUGUGUGUACAUCAGACUUAUGAGCAGGCCAACCCUGUAAAGAGUAUUGGUGUAACAUUUGCAUGGUUGGAUCACUGAAAUUCAAAUCUUUUAGCUGCUUCAACUUAACAUCUGAGAUGGGGAGACUAGACACAACACUAUGAAUAAAAUACUCCAUGUCUUUAUGCAUGUCACUGUCACUGGGCAUACUGGACUCAUUGCAUGCCCUGGAGAGGGUAUCAGCAAUGUAUUGAAACUUUCCUGGGACAUACUUAACUUUAAUGUCAUACUUCUGUAAACGCAGCCUCAUUCUUUGUAAGCGGGGAGGAACUUAAAUCGAGGCUUUUUAAAGAUACUUUUGAGAGGCUUAUGAUCCGAAUGCACUUCCACUUCAGCUCCAUGAGUAUAAAUAUUAAAUCUCUCACACCCAAAAACAAUUGCUGGCAUUUCCUUUUCCAUGGGUGCGUAAUUUAUCUCUGAAUUUGAUCAGGCACGUAAGGCAUAUGCAACUGGUUGACCUUGUUGCAUCAGACAUGCUCCUAAGCCAUCUUUGCUAGCAUCAACUUGAAGUGUGGUUGGUAAGUUGGUGUCAUAAAAACGUAAAACAAGGGCACGACUCAAAACUGUCUUGAUUUUGGUGAGUGCAGAAUCAUGUUCAGCGAACUAUGCCCAGGAUACAUCACCCUUUGAGUAAGGAUCGUAAAGGGUCAGUUAAUUCUGACAUGUUGAGAAUAUACUUGGUAAGAUAAUUAAUCAUGCCCAAUAACCUCUGUAAGUCUUGCUUGCAUGAGGGUGUGGGCAUGUUAUGAAUAGCCGAAAUGUUUUCUGGGUCAUGUGAGAAGCCCAGUUCACUAACAACUUCACCCAUAUACUUGACUUGGUUAACAGGGAAUUGCAUUUUGUCACGGUUGAACUUAAUAUUACAUUCUCUUGCUCUUGUCAGAACCUUGGGGAGGAUCAAAUCAUGUUCUUCUUCACUUUUACCACCAAUGAUAAUAUCAUCAAAAACUGGUAACGCACCUGAAAUAUCACCGAAAUGUUCUCAACCAUUUUUUUGUGCAAGCUCGCCUGCACAUAAAAUACCAAAUGAUAUUUGUUUGAGCUGAGACCUGCCAAAAGGUGAGUUAAAAGUGCACAAAAAUGGAGACUCCUCUGUAAGCUUUUGGUGCCAGUAACAGUUCGACAUGUCAACAACUAAGAAAACCUUGCAACCAUGAGCGUGUUUGAAAUAGUUUCAAAACUUGGGGGUUUGAAAUCCUCUCUUUCUAUGGUCUGAUUAAAGUCAGGUGAGUCUAAGCAUAGUCUCAGGGUGUUAUUUGCUUUCUCGACUAUAACUAAAUUACUGACCCAAUCAACCGGUUCUUCUACUCAAGUGAUAAUAUCCCUUCUUUCUAAAUCAUCAAUAGUGGCUUUGAGUUUAUCCCUUAACCUGAGGGGAACAUUCCUUUGUUGUUGAAUGGUAGGUUGACUAUUAACUUUCAGUUUGAUGGUGUAUUUACCCUCUACACACCCAAAACCUUCCAAAUCAUCCCGAAACUCAUUUAAAAUAGCGGGUUCUUGUUGAACUUCAUUGAUAUUAGGACCGAUUUGCUCUAUCUUGCAAUUCAAACUGAUUAGCUCUAAGGCCAAACAUGAUUCUAAUCCCAGUAGGGGUCUCACAUUAUCCUUGAUGACAUGAUAUUUUAAAGGUAUCGAAUCCUUUACCCCAUUUACCCUUGUUGGGAGAACACAUGUUCCCACGGUAUCUAAUUAGUGCCCACCAAAAGACUUAAGUAACAUGCUCGUGGGCUCUAUUCGAGCGUUUAACUCACUCGCUAGAUGCAUAGACAUUACGUUACAUUCCGCACUGGUAUCAAGUUUAAAUGUUACAUGAGUGUCAUUAACUACUAAAUCUGACUGAAUGUUCCUUCUAGAACUACCUUGAAUUGCUUCGAUUUACAGUCCCUCUAAUGAUUCAGACUCUUCAUUUGACUCCACUUCAAAGUGACGAAUUCUUCUUUCUUCGAUGUUGGUUUUUGAUUUCAGACAACAACGUGCAUAAUGAGUUCGCCCAUGACAUUUGUGGCACGUGUCUUCAUAGGCCGGGCAGUUUCCUCUGUUGUGAGCCGAUCCACAAAUUUGCAUUUGACUAUCUUCCUCCAACCCUCUGUCUUCUCAGUUUCCACUGUUGGUGAUGUUUUCUUUACUGUCUCAACGCUACUAGUCUGAGCUGUUGGCGCGUCGAAGAUUUUCGAUUGUUUGUUGGAUUGUUCCGUGAUUCGACAAAGCUUGAUCGCCUUCUCAAGUGAGAGGUCCGUUUCACGGAGUAGUCGCUAGCGCAGUUUAGGUUCGUUAAUGCUUACCACAGUUUGAUCUCGAAUUAGGGAAUAUUUUAACGCUACAAACUCGCAAUAUUGAGCUCUUUGUCUGAGAUCCUAACAAAUACAUCGACUGCGCGAUCUUCCUGUGACGUCGUUCGAAAAACGUAUCGGUCGUAGAUUGUGUUUUUACGCGGGAUGCACUACGUCUCCAGCGCUGUCAAAAUACCUGUCACAGUUCUUUCCUCAAUAUCAGCUGGGACAUUCGGUAAUGUUUUUAGGACUCGCCUAGCUUUCGUUCCCAGUAUACUCUGAAUGGUCGCUAUAUGCACCGAAUCAUCUUUGUCCUGAAGACCGCUCAAUAUUCGAUACAACUUCCAUGCUUCUGACCAUUCCUACCACUCGUCCGCGAGGUGAAGACUCUCAAUAUCCAAUUCUGGAGGAGGUUUGAUUCUUUCCAUUCUGAUUGACUUUUCGUCGGAGUAAGAGAUCGAACUUAUUGGUAAAGCACUCCUGGUACCAUGUUAUGAGUAAGAGAUCGAGAACACACAUCCACUUCGUACAAGAGCAAAGUUUAUUCUCUAAGAACUCGACACGUGUUAGUACAAAUCACGUGAUCUUGUUAUAAAGUUCAACCAAUCAUAACAUUUCUCGUUUGGCAAGCCGACUUUCAACGAGGGCGUCAAACGAGUCCUUGGCCAAUGCGCUUGCCUUUAUUAAAAGUUGAAACAACACUUGAGUUAGCGACGUAUCGGGUAUGCAAUACUAUAAGAUCAAGACUUGGCUGCCUGAACGGGUUCCCCAAUUCAUUCAGGGCCUUACAAAGGCCAUUUGCCUAGAACCGAAAAGUAAGUGAAUAAGACGAUGUCGCAAAGGAUGCGCGGGUUAUGGAUUAACUCCAUGACUUCUCAAGUGGUAGUACUUUAUAAAGGGCGUUGCAUAAUUUAUGACAUAAUGAGGGCAUUGAAAUAUUAUUGUCGAGAUGGAAGUAUAGAAUUAUGACAUGUGCAGGCACUUUUUGUUCCCAUUUGUACACUUCCAGUAAUACCAAUGCAACCUUUAUUUAUCUGUAAGUAUCCACUAAAAGGCGUGGUUUCAUCCAUAGAAAUACACAUUGCAAUGUAGCUUAUCAUGGUGACAUUUUUUAAUCUUUUGAUUCCACCCUAGAAAUGUUGUUUUUCUGCGUUUAUGUAUAUAAUCCAUUCCACAGCUGUUCAACUGGAAGUACUUGAAAAGGGGCGUGACAUCCUAUCUAGAGUUAUUUAUAAAAUUAACACUUAUCGAUAAACAAGAGUUAAAGUAUGUACAAGCCUCAACAGUGCAUAAUUUUCGUAUUUUUAUUAUAAUGUAUUCCUCGCCUUUAUUUCUGGAAGUAUUUAUCAGAGGGUGUGGUUCUACGGAUAUCACUUUGCACUACUCUGUAUGUUUCUGCUCUUAUAAAUGUCGGACCCAUUAUUUACCUUUACCAUGUAUUUGCCGUUUUAAAUGAUAAUUAAUUCCAUGGUUAUUAAACUGGAAGUAUUCAGUUUGGGGCGUGGACGUUGUAUCUAGAAUUAAUUGUAACAUUAACAUCAAUCCAUAAACAAGAGUUUUUAGUAUAUACAAGCUUAAACAGUGCAUUAAUUGUACGCGUACUUUAUAUUAAACUUGUAAGACUCAAGUCUACAUAUUAGAGCUUCAUAAAACCAGUGAAUUCUGAAGCCACAGAGAAUCACAUCAUCCACACUACAAUUUCUCGAUAAAGGCUGCUUUAAUUGAUUAUUUUUCUGUUUUCGUUUCUGUUUCCUGCAUGUCUAACAGCCAUUUGCGAACAUUUUCUUAAAGUGUUGUGUUAAGUUGUGUGUUGGACGACUGAUAGUAAUAAAUAUAAUGAAAACUUUCGUCGUGAGUUGCCCUCACCUUGCACAUGGCACGAUUAUACCAGUCUGUUAGUGCAACAAUAAGUAAAAAACAUAAGCUUAAUCACUUAAAUUACCAGGCAAAGUUUCUUCAAUCUUGGUAGAUCAAGCCUGACUUAGUUAAAGAAGGUCUGCUUUUUUCACAAGAAUACCUGAAUCUCUGUUUAGUGAUCGCUGAUGAUUAGGGUAAACCGUUUUCUGUAAGCUGGAAAUAGAAAUCUUCCAAUGAUAACAAGAGGAUCGAUCGAGUUCGCAGCACUCCUUUUCAAUCUACUUCGAAUCUGGAUGACAGGAACGCUAUAUCUCUUUAACUCGACGAUAUCAUCGACCAUUUAGGAAUUAUUUCGCCGCUUGCACUUGUACUGUCCUUGAACUUUUCUUCUUCCCAGCCAUUUUGUUACUUUUUGGUUUCAACUGAGAAGAUUCAUAAGUCAUAUCUUUAGCGUAAUGAGCGCAAACAAGACUCUGAUGCGGUGUUACGUGACAACGGCAAUACCGUUGAUUGCACGUCAUCAGGAGCAGACAAUCACCUUUCAUGCAUUCUUCGGCCGUUGGGAGGCCGUUGGAAGUAACCGUUGAAGGUAUAUCAUUGUGGACAGAGGUUAUCAAACUGAAAGGAUUUACCUACUUGUUUAAGGUUUGUAUAUAAUCCACCUUCUGUUGCCUUAAUCGAUUUAGUCAUAAUGUGGGUUCUUGUUCUUUUUAAAUUUGUGUUGAACCGGGUCUUGAACAAGGCGGUCCCAACGCUCAGUGUGACAUUCACUAAGAGUUAACUCUAACAUGCCCAGUGACCUUCAAUAGUUUAACUCUGAUGAUCAAGCUUGUCUUAAGUGAUAAGAAUGCCUAUUAUUGUUUGUUCACUUUUGAAAGUUCUAUGGGAAACUUAUUCUUUAGCGCAACUAUCUGAGUGAAUGAUAAAUAGGAAUUUUAGCGAAGAAGAUCUUGUCACAAUGAAGAGGUUUUGUGGCUGAUGAUGAUCGAAAAAAGGGUUAAGUUAAAUAGGUUUAAUCAGUGACUGAUAUAUUUUUUCUAUUAGCGUAUUUCAUUUCUUACUUCAUGUUUCUUUACUUUUUUGAAUGAAAAACGAUUCAUGUGAGGCGACCCUUAUAGUUUCCGGAGCGGCUUAAACUUUGUGGUUUUUGACUAAGCCUUGGUGCUCGUGGAAUGCGCCGCCUUUUCCGCUAAGAUAAGAUAAGCAAAAAUUUAAAAGCACGGAAUUGUCUUACUGACAACAAGAAAAAGAUGUUUGAGUUUGGUUUUAAACGAUUAAAUUGCUUUUCUUUUAUUGCUAGCUAUAAUUGUUCUUGUUGAGGGGAAACGGUUUAUGGCUCAUCUUGGAUAGGUCCACCGGCCAUAUUCAUAGUUUGGCCGAUAAAUGUAAACAAUACUCCUCAAUAUGGCAUAAUUUUAUUCCCUUAAUUGGCACAAUGGUUGACACACUCUCGAACAAUAAUUGACGUAGCUAGCAGUGUUCUAGUUGUUACUAUAAAGUGUUAACCUUCAAUAUUUUAAUAUUGCUUAUUUGCAGGGCAAAAGGAGAAAAAAAGGCAGGAGGAUCAAAGCCUUCCGAUGUAAAGAAGGUGCUGGUGGCGCAGACUGAAGCUCAGUUGUUACAAUACUAAAGUUGUAUCAAAUUUUAUGUUCAAGUUUGAUGUGAACUUUUUUGAUGGAAAUAGAAUCCUUAUCCUGGCUACAGGCAACAGUCAUAAUGUAUUGCAAUAUAAUGUAUGACUUGCAUAAUAGUUAAACUUAAUUGUGAUCCCCUUUUCUGAUCUUUUCCCUAAACUAUUUAAGCACUAUGCUGCACGUUUUCUGUCUUAAGUAUAUUCUAAAUUACUUUUUUGCUUCCUGAUCCCUCUUGUUUAAAAAUAUAUCGUCACUAAGAUUUUUCAACUUAUCACGCACCCGUACAACCACUAUAGCUAUAAAAAACUGAGUUAAAUGCCGCCCGAUCCAGUACUACUUUUUAGCCAUGAUUAUAGGUCUACAUCUAGUUUACUGCUAUCCAAACACUACUUUUAGCUAUCAGAAAUCUAGCUUAAGCUAUCCAAACACUACUUUUUAGCUAGUUGUCAGACAUCUAGUUUAUUGCUAUCCAAACACUACUUUUUAGCUAGUUGUCAGACAUCUAGUUUAUUGCUAUCCAAACACUAGUUUUUAGUUAUCAGACAUCUAGUUUAUUGAAAUCCGAACACUAGUUUUUAGUGUUCAGACAUCUAGUUUAAAGCUAUCCAAAUCUCUCAACUUGUUUACGUCUAGUUUAUGUAUUGGCCAUUUUUUCAUGUCAAUAGCUAGUUUACGUCUAUCUAAUGCCUAGUUUCUAACUAUCCCAAUGAUUUCAUUAUUGGCAAAAACGUAUCUGAAAACUAGCUUCUUAGCCAAUGAAAAGCUAGUUUUACUCUAUCUUAUGUAUGUCCAAAAGCUAACUAUUGUAACAAUGUAAAAAUUUCAUUUUUAAGGUAGUAUUAAGAUAGCCUAUCUGCAUGGUUCCAAAUAACUAGAUAUUAGUUAUGAUUAAGAUAGGCUUAAUUAGUUAAUAGUAGCUAUACAGGGCCUGAAGAUAGGAAUAAACUAGAAACGAGAUAGCUUGUAGAUAGUUUCAUUAACUAGCUUUAAGUGUCUCAUUUCGUAAGGGUAACUUACAUAUUUUUUUUAAUAACGUAUUCCUUGUCUUUAUUUCUGGAAGUAUCCAUCGGUUAUAAAUUUCGGACCCGUUCUUUAACUUUAAGGCUGGUUUUUUUGCUGUUUACAUAAUAAUUAAUUCCAUGGCUAUAAAACUGGAAGUAUUCAAUUUGGGGGGUGGCGUCCCAUCCAGAACUACUCAGGGCAUGGACCUCUAUGCCUCUGCCAAAUUUCGUGCUUUACUCAUUAAUUUGAACAAUGUUACAUGUUUUCUGCACCAUUUUCCUGUACUAUUUGGGCUCAAGUCUCUUUUGGGAAUUUCGAGACAAUGAAGUCUUGAAAAAUUUGCAAUUUUGACCCUAAAGCCUCCGAGUUAAGUUAGAAUUUUAAUAUAUCGAAUGUGGGCUAUUAAAGUUAAAUGGUAGAUACAUUAUUUGAAUACGUGGAAAAUUCCGUCAAAGCGAAAAACUUGUACAAAAAACCACGCUCAUUUCACCAGUUUUAAAUUAGAAUUGGAUGCAAGCAUAGGUGUUAAAUGCAAUUUCUCCAGAAUGAAACACUCCUCCCUAUACGAAAGAAGGGUCACAGAAAGGGCUAUAUAAAUGAUUGGGAACUAACAUUAAGACCUUCAAAACAUAAAUGUUUCGUUUUAGUUUAACCCGGAUUACCUUGACUCAAAAGGUCCGUUCUCAGAAUACUAGAAUGGAUGGCGGUCUUUUUUCUAGGUGCUUCGCGCCUUGCUGUCGCGGUUUUGUGCCAAUAAUUAGGAAUCAGGUACACUUCUGGCACCCAUGGUAAACUCGAAUUGAACAGAACACCUUAAUUCUCCCUAUUUUUCAGGUGACUCCUUCCGUUCUUACAAUAGAUGAAUGCAAGGAUCCUUAUAGCGUAAGCAUCACUUUAAAGCCGACGAUACCAGUUCGUGUUUUUGAAGGCCUGUCUGUGAGACUUUACCUCUCUGCUGGUUUGUUGGUGGGAAAAGAUGAGUGUUCGUUUAUUCUUAAAGGAAUGAAAGAGGUAAAAGUGAAUGUAAGAGUGGCCUGCCAUAUGAUGCGUGAUCCACAAGCCGGUAGAUGGAAAGCGAUUAGUCCUAAAAUCACCAACGUUCAAAUGCUGCUUCCUAACUUUUGGAAAUACGUUGACCUGCCAAUAGUCCCGGUGAGUGCUUAAUACAAUCACACCUCCCCGGCGUAAGCGACCGUCUAACUUGUGAAGAUUCAGUCGUGGCUAAUACGGAAGGUGGUCGCUUACAAGAAUAAAACCACAGAGCGUCUUUCCCCAGUAGGGGUCCCGACACGACACAUGCACUUUUUGAAGGAGGACUUACAGCAUGCAAUUAUCAAUACGCUAUGUUAACCUUCGCGGUUUUGUCAAUUAAAGUUUUUUGUAUACUCUGAGUAGCGUAGUACAUACAGCGAAUAUAGGAAUCAGAUCGUGCGUCAAGAGGUAAAAACAACAGGAAAAAGACGGGUCGCGGCCGUUUACGAGAGGUUCCAACUAUGAUAAUUUUGGUGGAAAAAUUUUGGUGUUUUGGUCAGAAAGUCAAAAAAAGUUCCAAGAAAACAUUAAUAGGUAGUAUAGCUAUUAAUAGGUACGAUCAAUGGCGCUGUUAUAUAUUACUUGAAGACGCUGUUGGAUCUAAGACGAAAAGAAGAUAGUUUUCUGGAUAGCAGUAUACAUAUGUAUACACUACCCUCAGCUCUUAAAUAAAAUCCCUUAGAUAGUACUGCACAAUGCCUUAUAGAUGCCUUAUGCUUCAUCUGUAUUUUCUUACACAGCUUGCGUAUGAAAACACUAUGUAUAGUGUGUUAAUAUUCCAUAAAGUUCGACUGAUUGAUUGAAACAUAUCCUUAGUAUAGGAUAGUUAGGAUUUAAUGAUUCGUUUAUUCAUCAUGAUGUACAUCAGAAAGGAUUUAUGUUUAAUUUUAUCUUAUGUGAAAGAAAGUUUAUUAGCAUCAUUUUGCCGCAGACUUCGUUAGUCUUCAUGACAUGGGUUGAAACAUUUUUUUUUCUGUCAUGAUUUGCAGGUAGUUGUGCGUCAGAGUAUAGGAGAAAUCUAUAAAUGCAAGAGUAUUACAGAUCCUCAUUACCGCUUGCUCAAUCUUGAAAGCAGGUACACCUUAUCUGAAAUACUACCAGUACACAAUAGAUCGAGGUGUAUCCAGGGGCGGAACAGCUUAACAAAAUUUUGGGUGGAACUGAGCUCAUGUAAUCGCAUGUUGACGAGCGUGAAAUUGCAUCUAAAACAAGUACCAAUAUCUUUCACGGUCCCGGGCAUGCAAAAUUGGCAUUAAUUCAACCUAUCUACGUAGUUUUUCAUAUAGAAGCGUUGCUUCGCCUUGUUAGUGUUCACUGCGACUUAAGGUCACUCGACCCAGUUACCAUCCCACUUUGAAGCUCUCUGGCAUCCCCACCUUUACUUUGAUCGUAAGUCUAACAUAUAGCAUGGAUUACAUAUAGAUCAAUCGACAAUGACUACGAAAAUUACCUCACAAAUGUAAGAAACAUCAAUCAUAGAGUAGCAAUCACAAAGCUAAGAUUAAGCAACCACAAACUAGCAAUUGAAACUGGACGAUACGUUAAACCCUAUCAACCACCAGACCAAAGAAUUUGUCCAUUAUGUAAAACUGGAAUAGAAGACGAGGAGCGUUUUUUGAUGAAUUGCAUAUAGCCCAUAGGGAUCCUAGGAGAGAGCUUUUCAAUACGCUAAAAAAGGAAACUAAUCUUAUUCUUGACUCCAUGACUCCAAGCUCUGCCUUUGCAACGUUGAUAAGUAUGAAGCAAGGAGAGAAAACGCAAAAAAUUGUGGCUAAAUACGUAUAUGAUCGCUUCCGCGAAAGAGAUAGACGCGUUAAAUAUAACAUUGUUUAAUAGUUGUAUAAAUUUUACAAAUGUACACCUCUGUAAUUAUUGCACGAAAAUCUUUGUUAUCGUUGUAAACACACGUGUCUGUAGGCGCUCUGUUGAUAAUAAAGCACUUAUCCUAUCCUAUUCUACAAUACAGCAUAAAAUUUUUGGCGAUUGGAGUAAAUGUCACGUGGUUAUAGUGCCACGCCUCUUUAGGGUCUGAGUCGAAAUUCUGCUGUUGGCGGCAUUUUGUCGUGAAAAUCUCUCGGCUACAUAUAGUGCGUAUUAGUGCCUUGCGUUGAACAGACUUUCACCAAAAUCGCAAAGACCCAAUGCGAGAAAUUCAGCGGUUUCCAAAUUUAGGUCAUAAUUUAUGCGCAAAUGAAAAGCCAGCUUUACACGAUUAUAUCUAAUAAACUAUGAGAUGUAUCCCUUCAUUUUGGGGAUCUUUAUAAAGAUGGGUCCUUGCAAGUCAGCAAAAAACUUUAGGGCCUUGUAAAUGCGCGCGAUUUUGAGCAAUGCAAACAUAUACAAAUUGUAGUUUUAGCUAGUUGUUGACGUUUGUCAGCGUUUAAGAGUCCUUCUCACGAAAAAAGCAUUUCCUUAAAAAUUGGUAGUUUUUUCCUUCAAAUGUUUUCAGGGCCACAAUUGAUUAACUAACUACCUGGAUUCUGAAUAGACCUAUUCGGCUAACUCAAUGUUGUACCUAAUUCAAAUCUCCCAAAUCUACAUUAUAAUGUGGCAUUCACAUUUAAAUGAUAUGGAAAUUCCUGAAACAAAACGUUUUAUUCCCAAAGGGUUUGAAUUGGGUACAACACUGAGUUAGCCGAAUAGGUCUAUUUCAUGAUCAUUGAAAAACUGUGAAUUAAUAGAUCAAAAACGGUUUCGAGGUUUUCAUCAGGGUUCCAAACACCGACAAACGGAUGAAAGCGCGACGCGGAAGGCGGAGUGCUUUUAUUGUUUCGAGGUGUUUGGAACCCCUGAUGAAAACCGAAGCGCGAGUUUUUGAGCUGGCUUCUCAAACUAGUGUGAGAAUUUAGUGGAAUUAUUUCCGAAGAAUAGGUAAUUAGAAGACGUGCUCAAUAGGCUAUUGUUUGUUUCUUAUUCGUGGUAAAUGAAAUGAAUAUUUAAUAUGCGGCCAUGCUGGCGGGUUUUUUGGUGGAUUAACAUUACGGCCCGUGAUGGAGGUCGAGUCCAGAUCAGAACGAUUUCGCCUUCCUAAAACUUCUUUUCAAGAAAAUGUUCUGGUGAAUGACGCCGUUCCAGCUUCAACUAAAUAUAAAAACAAGUGGGCUGUGAGCAUUUUUGCCGAAUGGCAGAGGCUAUUAAAAGAGAGGUUCAAGUUCCGGUAUUAGAUUGUGGUGGUCUCUUCAAGGACUACAAUUUACACAAGGUUACCGACACGCGUGAAAAACGCAGUGCGCAUGCGUGCCUUCCCUGCUUCCGGCGCGAAUUUGCAUGUGCCUCCCCCAAUCGAAAUUAUACGCGAUACCAAAACACACUAGAUUCCGGCCGCGAAAUUCAAAAAAGUAAGCUCCACACACAAAAGAUAAUCUUAGAAUUUCACGAACACAAAGUUUAUUAAUUGCUUUAGUUUCUCUCUUUUGCACCACAUACUUUCCUCCUUGCACCAAAGGCGAAAAUCAUGUUUGAAAGUCCACGCUCGCUCUGGCAGCACUUCGCCGUAGCCAUUGUUGCUGUUUUGGUCAUCAUGUCGCUGAGCUCGGUCAAUGCGAACAACGAAAACGACCAAUGCAUGCUAAGUGGAAAAACAAGGACGGAAAAACCUUGUACUGGACGUCUUUACCAGUUAGUUAAGUUAGUUUAAGUACUUUUUUGUUGUGCUUAAUAAUAGAACCGGCUGCAAACCAUUAAACAUAUCAAACAUUCCUAAGUGUUUUUCAAUUUAAAUGGGGAAGAUUUUGCAAAUUUUAAUUAUUGAAAAUAGAGACCUUGCACAUGCGCAGACGUUUUGCACGCGUGUCAAGGUUACCGCUCUGAGCGCAGAUAUUGACGGAAUGGAUGCUCUGUCGCAGAACUAUUAGUUGUCAAAAUUCGUGAUGGAGGUAGCUAAAAAGUCCGGUGGAAAAUACUCUCCUAAGACUGUUUAUGGUAUCACUUGUACGCUUAAGCGUUAUUUGGAGGAGAAAAAUGGAUCCGAAGCUUUGAAUCCUCUGGACACUAGUGAGAAAAGGUAAUUGACAACUUUUAGACCGCAUUUUUCAGAAUUUUAAAAUGCACUGUUUUGGGAAGUGAAUUUGGUGUGUUGUUUUUCGAAGGUUUGUCCUGUUCCGACGUUGCUUAGAUGCGGAGAUGAAGGAUGGCUUUCGAGAAGGGCUUCACAUUAAGUGCAAGAAGGAGGAGAAGGAGUUUGUGAGCGAGCAAGAAGAAGUAACACUCUGGGAGAAGAAAUUGCUGGGAACUACAUCAGCUAAGUCGUUAUUGAACACGAUCUAUUUCUACAACGGAAAAGUUGAAAGAAUACUAUGUUGCCCUAUUGUUGUUGUAAGUAAUGAUUGAAGCGACAAAUAUACUGUAUUUAGUAUAACGACUGAUUAAAAUUCAAGUUUCUUGAUCAGUGUCUUGAUCAGUUUUGAACUAAUCGAAUGUGUCUUGAUCGCUAUGUUCAUUGGGUAUCAAAAUACAUGCACCUGACUCAAUUGAUGUAAGCUGAUUGGGUCAUCAGCACAUGAAUAAGCACAAACUUGAGUAAACAUUGAAGAUUUUUAGUGUUUUGGCUGAGUUUGUGCUUUGGAAGUUUUCUAUUGUUUCUAGUCUGUCAUGAUACAGCAUUCUUGUUCAGCACGCGUGCACGUGCAAUGACCUCGCUUGGCUGACUUCCGAAUGCUCACCGGCUGAUAAUUUUGGUAUGGUGAGACAGGCGAUAGCGUGAUACAUAGAGGUUUAACUCACGAUUUUCAAUCAAUUCUCGUGCUUCUUGUGCCUUUACAAAAAAAUCAAGAAAUGCUACACACUAAAUCUACUUACCAUUAAAAGAAAUAUAUCAUUUUUACAUACGUUUAAUGCAAGCCAAUAAUUAAAGCAACUCAUUACUUAUCCUUUCAUCUGGUAGUGAAAAAAUUAAUUACACUUGUAAGCACUGUCAGUUUUUUUUGUGACUCUUGGUUUCGCUCUAGAAUCUUUCUUGCUUGUCUUGCUUAGAGGUAAUGCUAAAAUUGGUAGCAAAGCCCUUUUACCUCCUGCAGUAUACAAAGCGCUGAGGUUGUUUAUGUCUUAGGGCCUGUUUACAUGAAGGUGGGGGACCCCAGGUAGGUGAGAUAACCCGCUUAGGUGGGGUAACCCGCCUGUCCAUAUAAUCUCUCAUUUUACUUGGAUCACAUUUACAUGAUAGGUGGGGUGACCCGCCUGGGCGGGUAGCCCGGUCUGCCAGACCGGGUAACCCUCUCAGCCUGGGUCAAAUUUUGCCAUGUAAACGUUUCAAGGUGGGGUAACCCGCCUAGCCGGGGCCGGAUUCUCAAUACAUCAAAUUCGAGUAAUAUUCAUUUUGGCGGUGGCUUCGCAUCAUUAUUAAAGGUAGCAAUAGAAAGCCACAGCACUGAAGGUUGCAGCAAGAGCAGCACUGGAGUGUAGAAGAGCAUUAAUUUAUCGCCAAAACACGAGGUUUGCCAGCAUUUUUCUUGUUUACGUGCUUAGCGACCAUUCAAUAUUCUUGAAAAUGUGCACCCCGAGGUGGCGGGGUUGUAAGAUCACAUGUAAAGGAGGGUUAUUUUUUUACCCCACCUAAGCGGGUUAUCUCACCUACCUGGGGUCCCCCACUUCCAUGUAAACAGGCCCUUAGACGUUACGUGAGGGGAAUCCUUUCUAUUUUCUCACACAAAAUUAUCAUAUCUCGGUGAACAUCCGGAAUUCAGCCAAGCGCGGUCUUUGCACGCGUGCUGAACAAGAAGGUUGUAUCAUGACAGACUAGAAACAAUAGAAAACUCCCAAAGCAUAAACUCAGCCAAAACGCUAAAAUCUUCAAUGUUUACUCGAGUUUGGGCUUAUAGAAGAUGAUGUCACAGUUUUUCAACAAUCAUGAAAUUCAAAAUUCGGGUAGUCAUCUAAUCAAUUGUGGUCCUGAAAAAAUUGGAAGGAAAAAAAGCUACGAAUUUUUAAGAAAACGCUUUUUUCGUGAGAAGGACUCUUAAACGCUGAAAAACGUCAACAACUAGCUAAAAUUACAAUUUGUAUAUGUUUGCAUUGCUCGAGAUCGCGCGCAUUUACAAGGCCCUGAAGUUUUUUGCUGACUUGUUGCAAGGACCCAUCUGAUAUAAAGAUCACCAAAAUAAAGGGAUACAUCUCAUAGUUUAUUAGAUAUAAUCGUGUAAAGUUGGCUUUUCAUUUUGACAUAAAUUAUGACCUGAAUUUGGAAACCGCUGAAUUUCUCGCAUUGGGUCUUUGCGAUUUUGGUGAAAGUCUGUUCAACGCAAGGCACUAAUACGCACUAUAUGUAACCGAGAGAUUUUCACGAAAAAGAUGCCGCCAACAACAGAAUUUCGACUCAGACCCCAAAAAGACGUGGCACUAUAACCACGUGACAUUUACUCCGAUCGCCAAAACUUUAUGCUAUAUUGUGGAUUGAUCUAUAUGUUAUCCAUGCUAUAUGUUAGGCUUACGAUCAAAGUAAAGGUGGGGAUACCAGAGAGCUUCAAAGUAGGAUGGUACCCUCACAAAAUAACUGGGUCGAGUCACCUUAAGAGAGAUGAUUUUGUGCGAUAAUUGUUUAUAGAUCAGCGGUAAUGGUAGUUAUGAUUAAUUAUUUUCAUGUCGUUUGUAUCGUCUUGAUAAACGUGAUUGUGGGUGACUGAAAACUUCAUUUUCUUCUGAGUAUAAAAACACUUUAAAAAAAGCCAAACUUAAGGGUCUUCUUACUAUGUUUAUGCACCAAUAAACAUUAAGAAACACUUAAUGACUGGUUUUGGGAAACAAAAUUAUAUAGCCCACGAAGAAAAACCUUUUUCGUGUACAAAUUUAUGAAAAUAAAUGUCACGAGCGAUCAACGUUCGCAGGUAACAGUGCACUGCUACCCUCUGACGUCAUAGAUUUGCAAAGCCUUUGGCGGGAAACUGUUCCAUUGUUAGAUGUCAAUUGAUCUCCAAGCAACGAAUGAGAGCGGCCACUGUUGGGAAAAGAUCUCCAGCUAUAAAACAAGAAAAUAUAUUAAUUUCAGGAUAGACUAUAACAAAAUAAAUCAUCACGAGUUUUAGAUACCCUUCCCCUUGUGCGCUCAAGGAAUGCCGGGCAUUAUUUAAAAGGUAGGUUGAACAACUGAUAUCCCAAGACUCAUCUCUGUUUUAUAUUUUGUCUGAACAGAACGGUAUGGAAAGAUUUCAUGGGACUUGGAGAUUUUGUGUUAUAUCACGACGUAGAUAGAGACUUCGAGGUGAGCUAACUUCACUUGCACACUCUUUGAUUCCAUUACCAUUUCAUGAAAUCAUGUACGACUGACUUGGAUACUAGAUAUAUUAUACGGGCAUUAUAUUUCAUCUGUUUGCGUACUGAAAACUCCCUGAGGCCAAAACGUUGUAACUAAUUAUUUAAAUUAAACUUUUUAACUGAAAUCGUCCAGCUGCAGUGUCUUUUUUAACCAUUUCUUACAAUAUUUUUACCGAACGCUGAUAAUCCGCUUUUGGUUCGAGUAAAUGGGUCAGCUUUCUCUUCAUGUAAACUCUUACUAGAGUUGUUGGGAGGGUAUCCCUCUCUUUCAGGACAACAUUUCUACAUACUGUGCAAACGGCAGGUAAUAACUUAUUAUAGAAAAUUAAUGCUGCAUGGAAUUAAGGUAUUGGAAAAAAAAGGCGACUUGAAUCAACGCAAAUUUAGUGGAAAACGAUUUUCCAAUAAAGAAAAUUAACGCGAAAGACUGAGGGUAACAAUUCAAAAUGAAGGAAAUUCUGAACGCGACCUUAACAAAGGAACAACUGAACUUGUUGACACAACAGGGAAAACGUUAAACGUUUAAUCCGAAAUGUCAGAAGUGUAUUGAGAAUUUGGGAUCAAAAUAAUGGAAAUUAAGCUCCGGAAAUUUAUGCUACACUUAAUUAACGGCGCGAAAAUUAACGAUUGCAGAAAUUAACGCGACUAAAAUGAACGUACAUUUUUCAAAAUUGCGUUAAUUUCACGAAGCGUUAUCUUCCUCUAACAAGGUAGUUAUUUUCAGGUUCAAACCAGGCAGUGGGCUUGCAACAGUCCAAGGUCCGUUACUUGCAACUGUGGAGCAAUAGUUCGUCUCAAGCAUCAUCUGAUUAAAUUUAGCUGCUGUAAUCCGACAAUGACGCGAGAUAGUAACACACCCAUUCAAGUUGACAUACCAGGCCCUAAAUGUUUGCCACCAGGUCUUUCCUUGAAGAAUAAAAUCUUUGGUUCGAAUAUUGGUUUUGAGGUACGUGCUGUUUCAUAUUUCCUCAUGGUUUAUUGUAAAAAAAAAAAAAGAGAAUUUAUUGUUUUUCCUUAUGGCAUUGUGCUAGCACAGCUUUUCCUUUACUUUAGCGCUCGAUUUUGGCGUACUCGAGAAAGACCGUGCAUGAAUCGAGGAAGAUCUUUGUUGAGCAUGCGCGCCAUGUUGCUAGAAUACAUUUGCGAUAUUAAGGCCUAACAGUCGUGCGCUCGAUCAGUUAUGACCCGAAUUUUAACAAUAAACGGUAGCUCACACUCGGAAAACAAGUUUGACGAGAGAAACAAUAUUGACUGGUUUAUAAAUCCGGGAUGUUGAACGGCGACUUCAAAGGCUUGACGUGAUUCAGGCAUGGCCUCGUUUUCACCCCCUGACUCCUCAAAAAGACAAAAGAAGAUCAAGGUGUUCUUAUGUACGCAGAGUGUAAUAAAGCACGUUGCGCUUUGUUCUUCUGUACUGUACUUUCAAAAUUCCAAGUGCAGUUUUGAUCUCAUUUACUGCACCAAAUUCUGAAAGAAGUUUAAAUUAUUGUAAGCUUUUGCAAGAGGGCUACAUUUAUGGUCGUAACUAUAAGAUUUCGCGCAAAAUGUCGGUUAGUCUUUAUCAAGCAUCUUGCUAAUUCGAAAACGUUAAAGAUGUAUGGCAGGUUUACGAUGUUCCUAGAUAUCGAUGAACAAUUUGCGGUGCACCACGAGGGAGAGUUUUUAACGUUUAUCCAUGGAAAAAAUAACGAAGUGAAUAUAUGCGUUCAAUUCUUAGUAAAAGUUGUUUAUAUCCACCAAAAGAAUAAUUUUUCGCGUUUAGUUGCCAUCUUGCUGCGCUGUACUGUCAUCAGUGCCGUAAAACAAAGAAGAACCUUUAUUGUUGCUUUUAAUAACACCUUUCAUCUCAUUUUGAAGUUGUCAUGUCUUGUCAAAAUUGUGUUGCAGUAUAUAUUACCAUCCGGGAUAAAAGUACAGUUAGUAAGGAACUACUGGGGCAUCGAUGUUUCGAUUUACACUCCUAAGGCUAAUGGAAUUCAAAAAGGUCUGUGUACGUACCCAGGUGCUUCCUGUGGACCACGGUUGAUUGAUACAAACUUUGGAAAUCAGCAAAGGUAAGGACUGAUUGUUUAUAGUCAUAUUAAAUUGAAUAGGAAUGACAGUUUUGAUCAUGGUAAGGUAAAAAGGUAAGGGCCCACACGAGUCACCGGUUUCAUUAGCAUGAAGCACCUGGGAGUAUUGUACUCCCACCUGGACGGGAUGCUAGUCCAUCGCAGGGUUAUCCCCCAUGAGUACGUCGCUGUUACCCAUUUAUACACCUGGGUGAAGAGAGACAAAGUGGAGUAAAGUCCCUUGUCUAAGGAAACAACGCGACGGGCGAGGCCCCGGACCUCCAGAUCCGGAGUUCGAGGCGUUAACCACUCGACCAUAGACUCCUCCACCAGUCAUGAUCAUGCUACGUAUAAAAUAAGCUCUUUAUUUCAUUUUGGAGAAGGCGUGACAUAUCUUGGACAAAAUGAAAAGAAAUGCUAGACCGCCCUACCCACCCCCACUGCCCCACCCCCUUCAAAUACCACGCUCAAAGGCGGAAACGCACCAUUUUACCAUCCUUGAUUUGGGGGAAAGGAACGGUUUGUGGAAAUCGUAACUAUAUUUUGUCUGAGAUUGUAGUUAAUCAAUUUUUCUUGUUUUUCUUCCUUUUUGAACAAGUGUUAUUGUUUAAUUUCUUUACUUAAAUCAUUACACCUCUAUUUAAAACGUUACAACCUUUCGUACUUUCUUUUGACUCUUCAUGCAUGUACUACUCAAUUACAUUCUUCUAAAAUUUAGUUGGUCCUUUCCCUUCAGGGCAUCGCCAAGCUACUUCGAUACGCUUCCUGCUGACGUCAAUUCAGAUAAAGGUGGUGUGGAAUAUGAACAAUCUUGUAGCUGUAGUGAAGUACAAAAUCAUAACCUCACAGAUGACUGCGUGGACGGCAUUCCAGUUGUCUUUCCCCAAGGCUUUUUGAACCAAGGAAAAAAAGGCCAGAGAAUAAAAAAGUGUCACAAGAAUAUUGCCUCACGAAAGAAAAGAGAAAUAAGGGAUAUAGUAGAAGGGUCGGACGAUUUAACGGACGAAGAUUUUAGGUUGUUUUACAACUCCCUGGGGACGAAUAAUCAUAAAAGAUCAAAACGAUCAGUUAAUUCGAUUUCUAAGGAAAACGCAACACGAUAUUGCAAUGAUAAAUUGGCGGAAACUCCAGUGGGGAAGUUGUGCGCCAAAAUGGGAACAAAUGUACAGGCACUGGUGAACGUCUGCUCCUCUGAUAUCGAGGUAAGUAUCCUCAAAGCUAUCCGAAAGGAGGCAGAUCGAAACAGCUGGCACAAUUUCAUUUCAGUAGCUUCUUUAGACAAGAAAAUGCAUAUAACAAUUAGGAGGCCAAGGAGCAGUCGGUCGGGUCAAAAAAACUGUCGAACCGUUUUCCCUAAGACGACUGACUCCGAAUUGGACCUCCGAGCUGUGGAUGACCUUGAGUCAGUGAAGGGACAAAGGAGUAUCAAGAAAAAUGCUCGUAGUACGGUCCUAUAACAAAAAAGGAGAAGAAAAUUACUAAGGGACGAGUCAGGCCUGAUGAACGUCCCGAACACCUUCGUCCCUAGGGUUCUCUCCCAAAGAAUAGAAGAGAACUCAGGAAAAAAGUAGCCUGUAUUCCAAGCGUGAUUGCUUGCGUUCGCUCGACUGAAACAUGCGAACAAAUAACGCCUGUUAUGCAGACUAGGAGCAAGGUUUUGCCCAGAUUUACGCUCCUGAACUUUCUUGACGAGCAUCACUAUCUUUUUCAUAUCGUCUUGCGAUCAUUUAUUCUAACCAUUCUUAAAAGCUUUGGCUCAAAGUGUUGUCUCAGUUACCUCAUUAAAGGGGCCAAGUCAAGCUAUUCCCCUUCAUGGAUGCCAGAAAAAUAAUGGUCCAAUUUUGCCGUGUGUUGGAUUAAACCAUAGUUAUUAGAGGAGACUGGUUAUGAAAAGCGGCAAACAUCAAUGAUAAAAACAACAGUGCUGCAGUUUAUGUUGGAAGUACCGUGAAAGUGCACAAUCCUUUGUUUCCUGUUGGCAAAUUGUUACGGAAUAAAUUAAUGCAACGUUUUUAUUGGUCAAUACAAUCAAAAUGAUAGGAAUUCUUUUGAACGUUGUGCACUUUCAGGUCCACAAAAACAUAUAACAAAGGAGUCUGACGGGUUUCAUAACCAUUCGACUCAAUUAACUAUGAUUAAACCUUAAAAUUCAGUUGGGCAAGUACUCUUUCUGCAACAAAUUGCAGCAACCUGACUUCUUGUAAGAAAGGUUUGAACGUGGGUACUUGGUAAAGCCCUAAAUAUAAUUUAUAUACCGCGUUUCAAGUUAUUUUGCAGCAAUUUUGCAAAACAAGUUUCACAUCAUUGUUCCCCGUUUGUCUUUUGGGAUCCUCUCCUAGAUUCCUGUGCGCUUAUAAAACUUUUUAAUCCACUUAUACCGACUUAAGCCGAAAAUAACAACAUUAUGUAUGUAUUAUGUAUGUCUUCGGUUUUUUUGUAGUUUACGGGAGACCUAUCGUUUGCCGUUGGAGCUGUUUCCAUGUUGAUGAACGAAUGUAACGACGCACUUAUACAGAACAUAACAUUACCUGCCAGUAAUUCUACUACUAAUAGUACGUCUAAUAGCACCCAAGAGGUGAUAAUACCCUCUAUAGUAGAAGAGAUUGGCCAGCUUUUGUGUCCUAAUGACUGUGCAUUUAACGGAAAAUGCGUCAACGGCUCGUGUAUUUGUAAUAAGGACUACACUGCUGAAGAUUGCUCUAUAUCAUUGUAUCAGGUACCAGAUAUUUCAAGGUUAGUGUUGCGUCUCUGUGAAACAGAAAAUAAUUCAGUCCAUGAAUUCAAUAUUUACAAAACUUAGAGCCCAGUUAUGCCAGUUUCGUUAAAUUCCCACCCUGCUUCAUGGAACAGUAUUUGUUACACUCGUGGAAAAUAUAUCGCAAAAGCGGUGAGUACGAGUGCAGCUACCAAUUGGAUAUCAGUAUUCUUAAAGCUCUAUCUGGUUCCUUGUGUUAAACUGCAAAUAGACAUGCUUGAAAAGUAAGACCAGGUAAAAAGAUAAAGGCGUACACCAGCCAAAUGUCCAAAUGGACCCCCCCUUACCCCCCAUCAGGACGGUAUGCUAGUCCAUCGGUUACCUCCAGCAGUAUGUCGCCGGUCUUUAUUUAUACACCUGGGUAAAGAGAGAGACACAAAGUGGAAUAAGGUCCUUGUCUAAGGAAACAACGCGACGGGCGAGGCUUGAACCCGGACCUUCAGAUCCGGAGUUCGGCCACUUUCGCCUUCACAAGUAGGAUAAUGAAGAUUUAUAGCUAUAGUAGCCACAAGACUUUGCGCUCUUGUAGCUUAGGGCUAAGGCCCUGGAUUUGCCGUCUCUGUAAUGCUUUAAUCUGAUAAAUUCAAGUUUUCUGGUUUUUCUUAUUGUGAAUUUUAUCUUUCAGACUUCAAACAAAUGGUUUGUGCGAUAGACGAAUAAGACCUUGUAAGAAAGUUUCGGUGUUUGGAAAUGGUUUUCUUAAUUCUACAAACAUAACUUGCCAUAUUCAGGAAAUUGAGGUAUUAUGUUAUGAUGAUAGUACAUCUUUAAUGCUCUUAACCCAUAACCCCUUAGAUAAAAGCAAGUAACUAGACCAGGAAUUAUUAUGGGGAAAAGGAGUAAGGGAUGAAGUACUCCAAAUAUGGACAGCAGGUCACUUUUCUCUACAUAUUGGUGUAACAGUCCGAAAUCUACAAGGGGAGAGGUGAUAGUCCUCUCUAGGGAGUGAUAAUUCCCCAGGAUAGUGAGAGGUGAUAAUCCUCUCUUGGGGGUGAUAAUCCCCCAGGAUAGUGAGAAGCUAGGUGAUAAUCCUCUCUAGGGGUUGAUAAUCCCCCAAGGUUGUGAGUGGAGGUGAUAAUUCCCCUUGGGUACUGGAGAGGUGGAAAGACCUCUCUAGAUGUCUAAUUCCCCGGUUUAAGGAGUAACAAGAGUCUAUGGGGCAAAGUGUGGUCUGUAUGGGAGCACUUCAUCCCGAACCCAUGUUUAUUAAUUGCCAACAACUCUCAAUACAGAUAUCAUCACUAAUUUAAGCUAGAAUUGCGUGCCUGCUGCCCGUCAGGAAAAACCCUCAAUUAUUUUUGAGGAAGACCUGAACCCUCCCGAAAGCAGAGCCAGACACUUAACAUGAACCUCGAGGGAGAGACGUUAGACGAAAAUAUAUUAAUACAAGUUGUAAGUAAAUGACAAUUAAACUUUUAUCAACUUAAUAAUCAAAAUAAGGUCCAAAGUAACUAAGUGCACAAGCAUGUUAGGAUGCCUGGUAGAAUGAUUCCCCUCAGUAAAACCCCACCUCUUUUCUGCAAUAUCUUCUUGACAAUUGCCAAUUGAUUCAAAGUGUAAACAACAAAGAUCAGUAUUUCUUAUGACGGCAAAAAGUAUAAGCAGCUUCUUAAAUUUUUAAGCAAGAGAAAAGACCUCAUAUAUAAAACCUUAAGAAAACCAGCAGAGAGAAUCAAGCAGUAAUAAGGGAGGGUGGGAUGAGAUUUUGUUCCACGAAGAGAAGAAUAUGAAGUGCUAUUUUGCUGAGCUAGGCGCGAAAAUAUGGCAUCAACUGUUCAUGUGAUAGCUGGCAUCGAAUUGGCUGAGCGAAACAAUUAGUGUGACAGCGGUCGCAUGCAGGAAGUGACUCCUGAAAGGAAGCGAGCUGGUUCCAUUACUGGUAAGGGCAGGUUAUGGUUAUCACAUUAACUUUAAUUUAUCCUGUUGUAUAAAUUAGCUUAAAUUAGUACAAACACACUCAGUGAUCUUGGUGAUUUAAGCAAUCUGAUUGGUUCGCUAUCUCGGACUAUUCAACAAUAUUCACCUCCCAGCGAGUGGAUAAUGUGUGGGCUCGUUUUUUUUCCCAUUUUUUUUAAGAGAAAGAUCUUUUAAAAGUCGACAAAAUCCUAGGGUUGACUUUUUGUCAGGCAAGAGAAGUCUUCGAAGGAUUCAAAACGGCGUUUUUCCAUUUACUGUAGUUGAGUUUUGUGGUCGGGGGAUUGUUUACAACUCCCGUUUAUUCGCCUAGAAGAGGCCGUUUCGUGAACUCAGCAUUUCCUAACAAGAAAAAUUUGGCCCCAAAACGAAGUUUAUUUACGACAAACAAAUUUGAAAGCAAAUGUUUGCAGAAAUUCUACGUUUGAAAGAAACACGAGAAAGAAUGCUACAUGAAGACGACGUCUUACCUCGAGGAACCGAAUCGCCAUUUUUGUCAGCACUUCAUGCGAAGAACGACACAACAAACCUUUUCGGCUAUAAACUUGGAGAGUCAACAGAAAACAACAAAGCUCUCCUUUUCUUCUCAGGUAAGGAAACAAUUCAAACUUUUAACGGCUCCAUUUAAGUCAUUACGCUGUUGUUUGCGAAGUGAUAAGCUUGUGAAUUGCCAUGUUUGAAAAUUCUACAAAGAUCUAUUUUUAAACUUUCGCGUGUCUAGUUGACCUGAUCUGUCAAACAAAUCGUACUUUUUAAUGGUUUCCUCUCUCAUUUUGCUGAGAUCACUUCGUCUGUAUAUACUAAAACAAUUAUUAUUUUCAAUCUCGCCGAAUAGUGGCCUUAGAAAUAUUUACCUCGCCACUUCGUGACUCGGUAUAUAUUUAGCCACUAUUCACCUCGAUUUAAUUUUAAUUCUACCCCAUAAUUAGAUGACAAGUAAGUCGUUGCAAAAGCAAAAAAAAGAAAACAUAUUUAUACCUUACUUACGUAGCCUUCAGUCUCUUAGAUGCCUAGGUAUGGACUAAGUAUACGUUCUCCUACGCUAGUUCGUAGAUCUUGUUUAUCAAGUAUCAGUAAUCCUUUAAGAAAAGCAGGGACUGUUACAUUUAAUGCUACGAGGGCAAACACAACAUUAAUUCAAUCAAAGUUCAUCGAUCUUCCUUUAGAAUCCUUUCUUUUUCUUCGAGGUGAAUAUUUUGCAUUUUUCUGAAUCUGCUUGAAAGCGUGUGGCGUGUAAGAGAAACGCAGGGGGAGCAAGGAUGGCGCAUUGCUUCCACCAGUGUGGCCCGGGUUCGAAUCCUGGUAUCGAUGCCAUAUGUUGGUAGGGUUGGUUGCUGGUCCACUCCUUUGCUCCGAGAGGUUUUUCUCCGGGUGCUCCGGUUUCUUUCUCCCCUUAAAAACCAGCACCUCCAAAUUCUAAUUCGAUCUGGAACGCACGGACGCAUUUCAACGAGUUCUUAAGAACUCAUAAGUGUUCCGUGGGUAAAAAAAUUACAACAAAGUACAAAUUUACAGGGCACCAGAAUUCGGUUACCCGGUUAAAGCAAAGCGUAAACGAUGAUCUCCCUACGGAUAAAAUCUUUAAAUAGUUAUUUACAUUUCAUUAUUCGAUAGCGCAUUCUCAUUUUAAUUUCUGGGGCUGAGUAAGAGAUGAAUACAAAAAGAAAAUAAGCCUGACCAAAUUGCCUUAAAAAGGGGUUCAACUCACGAAGCCACAAUAUAAUUGCCGCUCCCCCCCCCACCCCGCCUAAAUCGUCUAAAUUUACAUGGCUAUCGUUUCUUUACUUUUUUUUUCAUGUUAAUGUCAGGUUGUCAACAGUUCGUGGACACCAGCGACGAAUGAAUCACAAUACUCGGGUGCCAUGACUGACCUUGUUAUUGUAGAAUGCCUUCUUCCUGACUCGCCAGUGAGGCGUACCCAGUAUGAUGAAAAGACCAAAGGAAUUCCAGCUGCAGGACUGAUGAUAUCUGUGUCAAAUAACGGCAUUCACCAAAGCAAACAGAAGCUAAAAUUUAUAUCCUACGAUUCAGUUUGUAUGGAGUGCAAUGUUUCCACAGGUUGCGUUUUAAAGGCAAGCUAAACAAUUUUACCCUGUCUUUGUCUGGAUGUGUUAGAAUGACAUCGAACUGACUUUGGAAUUAAAGUUUUCAGGCAAUAGGCCAUCAAGUGUUUCCGAUUCAUUGCCAUAAUCAGCCUCACAAACUUAUCGUUAUAAUGAAAAAACAAAACAAAACAAACAAAAGCUUUAUAACCGAACCGGGCUGUCUGCUUUAGUCGAGAACAGAGAGCAACACAGAACGGAUUAAGUACAUACAUACAACUACCAGGACAAAAUAUCGUAUCGUCUGCAAGUUGAUUAAGUAUGUUAUUUUUGUGAAAGGUUUGAACCCAGGGCUCAUUUCAUAAGUACGUUGAGUAUGAUCGUCCGGGUGAACGUCGUAUUGAAUAGGACUGUUGUUAUUGACAGCGACUGACGUUUCGACAACCUGUGAGGUAGUUAUCUUCAGAGUCAAAGUGUUAUGUUAUUUUUAUUUCACAAUAAGGACAAAUCCUGCUUUAUCAAAGGCUACUGUUUUGCACCGAACGAACCAAACCCAAAGGACUGGUGUCAACAGUGUCUUCCCGAAAUUAAUAAAGCCGACUGGACCAAACGCCAAGGUACGUUCGACAAGGUGCUUGCCAUUAGCUUUACAGUUACGACAGUGAAUGGUGAUCAUUACCACAUAAGAGGAAGAAGGGAGGGUUGCCAUUGGUCAGUUUUAGGCAAUUUAGUUUUUCCAUAGAUAUUUUGUAAAACAUAUUUUGAAAUGAUGAAUAUAAUUAUGAACUUCAUAUCCUCGGAAGGCUGCCAUUCUCACGCAAGAGCGAUCGCAAAAAGGAGAAAAGCGUGGUUUCAUUUACGCAUGAGCAGAAUAUUUUUUGCAGUCAAACACAGUUAGACGAUAUUGCGCGUGAGCUGACCAUUAUUUUUGGCAGUUAUUCGCAGGUCACGUGGUGGGCUCUCUGCGAAUGUAAAGGAAGAAAAAUUUGCAUCGAAUGAUGAUAAUCCUUCCUUCUGUAUAUACUUUCAGUCAACCACCCUCCCAAUGCUACCAAUAUAACUGACUACUAUGCGGUAUACGGCGAGAGGCUUGAACUGCUAAUUGAAGUAUCAGAUCCAGAAGGAAUGCCAAUUACCAUCACUCUACUGGAAGGAAGUCCUAGGGACGCAACAGUGCACAAUAGUGUACUUCUUUGGAAUGCCACAACAAAAAAGACCACACAUUUUUAUUUCAAAGCUACUGACGCUUGCCAAGCUUCAUCGACUUUCAACAUCACCGUCACAGUAAAUUUUUGCUCAUGUCAAAACAAUGGUAAAUGUGUCCCUCAAACCCCGCGGGGGCGAGGGUCGUAUUUAUGUGACUGCGCUCCCGGUUACACUGGAAUGAACUGUUCAACUGAAAUUAAUGAAUGUGAUUCUUAUCCCUGUUUCAGAGGUAAGUGAUUAUUUUUUCAUGCCCAACCAGUGCCUUUUUUCUCUCUUCUGGCUUAAUGGGUUGGACAAUUGUUACAAACGACAUCCGAAGCUUGAAACAAGGGCAUGUUCUGAUUUGGGUCUAAGUGUCACACACAUAUAAUUUUCACUGGUCAGGAUUACCAUCAUCGUUUUCUUUACAUUACCAUCAUUGAUAAUUGUUAGAUGAUAACAACAGUUUAAAAAUAAAACCUUUCACAGUUUAGCAAUAAUGGUUAUCAUUAUUCUUGAUAGGCUUUCCAAAAAAGUUUGUCUUCUUCACCUUAUGAAGUCGUUCUAUCGCUGUGUCGAUGUCAUUCGCAGAGCCAUCAUCGUCAUCUUCAUCAUCAUCAUUAUCAUCAUCAUCAUCACUAUCAUCAUAAUUAUCAUCAGCAUCAUCAUUAUCAAAUAUCAUCAAAUUCAUUAUUACUAUUAUCAUCAUUUAAUUGAAAUAUAUGACAUGAAUCAUAUUAAGAUCAUGUUUAUGAUUAUUAAAAUUACUAUGACAAUCGUCAUCAACAUUAUCGUUACUAUUGACGUUUUCAUUGAUAAACCCCACUUUGAUUUUAACCUCUAUGUUAUUUUCUGGCUUCCAACAGGUAGCUCUGAAUAUCAUUCAUAGACUAACACAUUUAUCAAUAUUAUCACAUCAGGUCAAUGCCAGGAUCUACUUAACAACUAUACCUGUAUCUGUGAACUCGGAUUUGAUGGCAGAGAUUGCGAAAAUGAUAUCAAUUAUUGCAAGCUAUCGCCCUGUGUACACGGUAAAAUGUUUUGUUAGCUUAUUUAUUAUUGAGAGCUAUUAUUUUCGUUUCAAUAACCAAGCUCGCUUCUGGGACAGGAAAGUGUAUUUCAAGUGACAGACGCGAAUAUUUCAUCGAUGUUAUAGAAUUAAAGAAAUUCAAAUUCUAUUACUGCUUUGUUUAUUCAAGUUGUUCGAUCUUAUUCUAGCCGAUAUAUCAGAUGAAACGUUUGUUUCGAAUCAUUAAGAGAAUUCUUAAAAUAUUACUACUUUUGCUAUCACUAACAUAAAACUAUUAUUGUCAAUCAUUUUUUCUCAAGAUUUUUACUAAGCGAAACAUUAUUUUCGUUUUCACACGACUCAAAGUACCUUGCUUACAUGCAAAUGAUAACCAGUUUUAGAGUUAACAACCAGUUUCUUUUAACUCUAAAAGUCAUAGUUUCCCCAAUUAGCAUAACUAUUUUCCUUUUCGUAUUAUCAAAAUAUUUAUGUACAUUUUAAUCAUAGGUAAUUGCACUGAUGAUGUUUACAGUUACAUCUGCAAGUGUGAGGCCGGUUGGACUGGAAAAAUAUGUGAAGUAGAGAUAGACGAAUGUGAAUCAUCACCGUGUGUCAAUGGUAACUGAUCUUUUCUUUUACGAACAUUUCUUCCUCAGUUUGUCCGUAAUAAGUUGUUGAAUAUGAAUGUUCUGGUGUGUGUUAUCCUGUGUAGGACUGUUCGUGCGGAACAAAAACAUUACUUGUUUCGGUAGCUUUACAAAAGUCUUGAUCGAACGCCCCAAUUACAUUCAACCUAUACUUAUGACCUCCCAAGCUGACAUAUUUGCUAAGUAUUGCCUCAUAACAACGGACCGUUGUUAAGAAACUUUGAAGGGCUUCGUGAACCCGUCCCCUCCUUGAAUAGUUGUCUGUUAAAAAAGAGCGCGGACAACAGAGCUAAUCGAUUACGGAUCACGUCGAAUACCUUGAAUUCUUUUCGAUCCAUUUGUUCUGGAAUAAAACCUCUAUAUACUUCCUUCUCCCCUAACCUUUCUGAAGCCCCGUUCAAACGGACGCAACAUAUAUUGUUGGCCAACAACUCCCAACAUUGUUGGAUGUUACAUUUUGCGUCUGUUUGCACACCUUGUUACAUGUUGUCGCGUGUUAAUGGGAGAUGAUGCACCGAGUUUGAAACUGGUCAAACUUUUAGCUACGUGCAAACUGAUACAUCAACUCUCAACACUGUUAGACCAACAAAGUUGGGAGUUCUUGCGUCCGUUUGCAAGUAGCUGAAGGUCACGGAUACGCACGAUAAACUUCUGAACUGCCUAUUUUCACCACUGCAGUACGGUGCAAAAGAAAUGAGAGCGAACUUCGCCGAACAAAUUGCGAACUUUCGUUUCAGACGAAAAUUCGGCGAAAUUUUCGCACAUCUAUUGUUCUAGUCCCUGCGAAAUUUCGGAAGCUAGGUGAUGAACCGAAAUGAAAGUUCGCGGCAUCAACUGACAUUUCGUUCUUAACUCACGAGGGCGCGGUUGUUUAAAGCAGGAUUAAGAUAACUUAGGCUUAGAGCGAAAUUUGACUUCAAUUGUGAACGCUUACAAAGCAGAUUCAUAUGGCUUCUUUUUGUAGAUGAAAGAAAAAAACCGGGGGUACAUCUAUUAAUUUUUGGAAGUUUUCAAAUCGUUUUCACCUUACAUUUGGCACUUAGCACUAUUUUCUUUAUGUUGAAGGGAACUGCAAGGACCAGUUAAAUGGCUACCAAUGUCAGUGUCAAGUGGGAUAUACUGGAAAAAACUGCGAUGUAAACAUUGAUGAGUGCCAGUCAUCUCCUUGCAAAAACGGUAUGAUGAUCCACUUAAAAUGAAGCUACCUUGUAUGCUCUGAGCGUAAUGAACAACUUAAUCGACGGAUAACUUUGGCUAUCGCCGAAGCUAUCGAACAUAAACUGUUCGUCUAGUCAACCUAUUGUUUGUAACAAUUUGAUGUGACGAUUUUGUUCAUAUCUCUGUUUGAUUGUUUAUCAUUUCGCUCAGUUCAUUUGUAAGUAUUCAUGCACUGAUAUGUACGACAACCCAAAUAUGAGAUACGACUUUGACCAAAUACGAGGUAUGACUUUGACCAAAUAUGAGAGACAACUGCUUAAAAAAGACAAGUAUCAGUUCGGUUCCACUGGUACGUCAAGAAAGAAAAACAAAAAGCCUACAGCCUGCAGCCUUACAGCCCUGUACUGAAUCAUUACAAAUAACCUAUUCAUUCGAGUACGAACACGUGUGUCGAGUAAGAGACCCAUUUAAGGCCGCCAGAUAGCAUCUGAUUUUGUCUCUACGGGCAGAUAAUUUUUUCAGAAGUAGUGUCGAUUUUUAAUGGCGCCGUAGCAGCUGUACUCUGACAAGUUUCGGUUUCGUUUAAACGGUCACAUCCAGUAAGGGAGUUAUAUAGCACAUUUUUGCUCACAAUUUUACCCUUAUGGUACUUAUACUCAAGGAACUUGCCUGGACAAAGUGAACGGGUUCAGUUGUACCUGCGACGCUGGAUUCAGUGGAGUAUUAUGCGAAGUUAAUGUGGAAGACUGCCGUCAAGCUUCCUGCGGAAACGGUGAAAUAUUUGCAAUUACACUUUAGUCUCGUAAUGCACUUACUUAAAAUUUAAUGUGAGUGAAAACGAGCAAUCAAUGUCACCGCCGCUCGCAUGGCUAGACUCCUGUCACGUGCACUUAUCACGUGUUAUCUCUUAACCAUUAAACUCCAGAGUGACAAAUUUUACCAUGACGUUUUCAAUGAGUAAAUGAGCAGCCGCUGGAAAAAUGAUCGGAAAAUAAAUCGGUAUCAGAUCCUGAUGAUAAUGUUGAUUGACUAUAGCUAGGUCAAACUCGGCGUACACACAAUUCUCAUAUAGCCCUUUUCCUCUCUCCCGUUGCUUUUGCCAAUAUUGUUCAGACCCGAAAGGUACAGCCAGUAUAGGAAUUCAAAUGUUUUGAAAUAUUUGCCGACUCUAUAUCUGUCUCGAUCGUUAUAGAAUACCCGCUAUAAAAAAUAUAUAUAUUUAAGCAAUAGACCACACUCUCUAUCGGUUUACCGGCGUGAUAACCCAUGCGGGAUGUUGCGAGACCACGAGAUGGAUGCUACUAAAAAGGAGAACGGAAAAUGAGGAAUGGGGAAGAAGCACAGCGAAAGGAAAAGAUAAAACCAAACUUGACGUUAGCCCUGUUCACAGCACCAUUACCCAUUCUUGUUUUUGUCUUUGUCGCCUUUGGCUCGUGAUUUACAAGCUUUUCGAGCGUUCUCCCAAGUGGGUUAUCACGCCGGUAAAACCAGAGAAAGUGUGGUCUAUUGGUUUUAUAAAAUAACUUUAAGUAAAACUAUGAGUUUACCGGAACAAAUACCAUAGGUUUUUAACCAAUCAGAAAGCGCGUAGUAUCUUAGUUGUUUUAUUGCUGGUUUUCAGUGUCAUGCCAUUCCAUUCGAAAUAGAUCAAAAUGAAAAUCAAAACCGUCCAAUAGAUAAAGUCCAGAAUCUGGGAAAUGAAAGGAGGUAAAUAUGCAAAGACCCUCGCCAAGAUUUAGGUCAGAGGAAUAUUUCGUAUACGAGAUAUUCGAAGAAACGGUUUACCCAAAUUUACAGAGAUUUGUAUGGAGACACCAUGCUGGUGCUCAUCCGGAUGAGCACCAACAUUGCGGACAGAAACCAACACAAACAUCUGUUACCGAGUUUUGUUACAAAAGCGUGAAUUUAUUCAUCGAAGAACUCAUAAACAAUACUUUUUCUAUUACAUGAACUGUUUAGAUAGGAAAAUUCCCUGAAAUAAGUCAUUUUUUAAACUACAUAAUAGCUCUUUUGGCCGUCAAGUAAAUGCCGUGUUACGCAAAAGCUUAGAAAUUCAAGCGUAAUCUAUCACAAAACCAAGAACCCUUUUGAUGCGCAAAUUUUUAUGAAAAUUAGUUUUCAGCUCUCUAAUACAUCGUGAAAGUAAAAUCUCGGUAAGAUCGAUAGUUUUGUAGUUUGAAUUUUAGUGACGUUAUGUGAAAACCAGCAAUAAAAGGUUAUAUGUCUGACUUAAACGUCCGAGGCUCAAGACAUGCAUUCAUGGAAGUUGUUAGUUGAAUGUUGAAUGGCGAAAACAUUCGCGACUACAAUAAUUGUAACCUUUUCUCUGUUUUAACUCAGGUACUUGCCUUGAUGGAGUGAACAAUUACAGCUGCAUUUGCAAUGCUGGUUUUACGGGGCGACACUGCGAUGUUCUUAUUACAAGUUGUAGCAACGAUACUUGUUUCCCCGGUGUACCUUGUACGGAAAAUAAUAACUCUAUCUCCUGUGGUUCUUGCCCAUCUGGUUUCACGGGGGACGGGAAAAACUGCAAAGGUAGGAUGGAAAACAAGGUGGUGCAAUUUUCAGACUUAAUCUGGCCAAUGUCAGCCUCUCAUAAGCGACCACACCUUCGAAAUCGACCGCGACAACUUUUGAAGGUGAUGGUUGGGGAUUUUAAACUUUCCCUUGAUUCACCCUCCCAACAUACCAUGUGACAAAUGGUGUGAUCGAACAGCACCUUGGACAACACUACAGCUCACAACCACUGAAGAGACACCGUCGGAGAUUUGUUCUUUGGUAGAGAUUUUUUUUUGAACUGAGAUCGAGUACAGUAAAGGAAAUGUUCGACCUGUUAUUGGUAACGUGAAAAGUUACAAUACAAUACAAUACAAAUUUUAUUGUCAACUCCCCAUGGGGGCUUUUCAGAGACAAAUAUUAAUAGUACGGAUAAUAAUAAAAAAAAAAACAAGCAAACAAGCAAACAAAAAAAAUACUCAAGAAUUGUCAAUGAACAAUUAUUAAGAAGCUAUUUGCAUAUAGAAUUUAUGACAUUAAAAAUUGAUUUAAAAGGAAGGCUUUCAUUUUACGUUUGAAAAUGAUGCGAGAUUCACUUAAUUUAAAAUGGGGUUUUAACGCAUUCCACAAUGUUACACUUCUGUAAUAAAAAAAUCUGUGUCCCGACUUGGUUUUAAAAAGCGGUAUAUUAAGUUGGGAAGAUGAUCUGGUCGUCCGACCACUGAUAUUCCCUCUGGGGAUAAAAUUUGAACUGAGGUAGUUUGGUACCUGACCUGUCAUAGAUUAAAAGGCCAAGAUGGCGUCUCUUAGAUACAGGUGGGACUUAACUGGUAUCCAUCUCAGGUCUUUCAGGUCUGGAGAUACGUGAUCAAACUUCCUUGUCACAGAAACUAUGCGAGCAGUGAAAUUCUGUACUCCUUGUAGUUUGCGUAUAUUGCUGGCAGAAGUAUUCGACCAAACGAACGAGUAGUAAUACAACUUACUAAACACGAGAGAAUUAAUUAUUGUAACAAGUAUGUCUUUUCUAAAUAUAUGUUUAACUCGGCUAAUUUGCCCUAGGGCAGACAUGCAAGAUGAUGCUGUUUUAAUUAUGUGGUCGUUGAAUGAGAGUUUACCAUCAAACACUACACCCAGGUCCUUAACAGAGUCGACGGGUAAAAGUUCUUUACCCAAGAGGGUAGGGCGAAAAUCCUGAAGUUUCGAUAUCAUUUGCCGACUUCCAUAUACAAUCAGUUUAGUCUUGUCCGGGUUCAGGAGUAGCCUAUUAUUAAAACACCAGUUACGUAGUUUAAUAAGAUCAUCGUUCAUCGCGGCCAUAGUCGGUUCACAGUCCUGCACUUGGAAUGACAUAAGCAAUUUCGUGUCAUCAACGUAGCAGUCCGUGGAACAGUGUUGUGGGAUUGAUGGCAAGUCAUUGGUGUAAGCCGUAAAGAGCAACGGACCGAGGAGGCUUCCUUGGGGAACGCCGAACCUCAUUAGGAGGGGUUCGGAAAGAGCAGUAUUUAUACGCACAGCUUGGUACCUGUUUGACAAGUAGCUCUUGAACCACAGGAUGGCAGAGGGUGACAAGCCAAUAUCUUGUAAUUUUUUAAGCAGAAUAUCAUGGUUGACACUGUCGAAUGCUUUGCUCAUAUCAAGGAGAACUACAGGAGAAGUUACCCCUGCACCAAAUCUUAAAACAUAAUUAUGGUUGUUCCGAUACGAAAGGUUCGACUGUAGAUGUACAAUCACAGUCUAAGCUGGACAUUGCAAUUUACUUUUCUGAAUUCCUUUGACAGAUAUCGAUGAUUGUGCUAGCCACCCAUGUUUCAAUAACGGUUCGUGCUCGGAUGCUGUCAACAGCCACUCAUGCAAUUGCUUAGAAGGUUUUAACGGAAGUCGUUGUGAGAUAAGUAAGUUUCCACGUUGUAUGUAAGUUGUAUUUGCAUCUAUCCACACAAUCAUCCCUUCAACAACAUAUCUAUCCCUUGAUAAUUUCAUUCGUACAUUUCUCCAUCCCGGCUUUCUUGCCGACUUGUCUUACGCCAAUUUAAAGACUAAAUUUUCUGGUGAAUAUCUUACUUACAGACAUCGACGAUUGUGUUAAUCACGCCUGUGCUAACGGUGGAUCUUGCAAGGAUGGUGUAAGUUCCUACACUUGCAAUUGCCCACCAGGUUUUACUGGAAUGUAUUGCGAGAAAGGUAAAGUUUCUAACACUUCAGCACCUUUAACACUUAUUUUACAAAGAAUCCAAUAAUUCCACCGUUCUGUCACGUAUAAAAAGCUGAGAUAGUUUAAUGUAAAAUGUUUAGUUUUAACUACUUUCAAUUGCCAAAAUAAAUUGUAAAAUUCAUGAAGUGAAUUUAGUUUUUCAAAUACAUGUACAGCAAUGAGUCAUUUUCUGUUUUAAGCGAUUGAUUAUAGACAACCUCUCACACAGGUUUGAUCAGCUGCUCAGUCACAAAAUUAUGUAAAGCUGACAACGACCGAUAUUGUUGUUUUCAAAUACUCCUUGGUGAAAAGAGAGGGCGGUAAAGAGAUUGUAUCAUGAAGAUUCGAAAACAGUCAGUAGUAUACUAGGGUCAAAUUUAACCGUUUUGAUGUCUAGCAAGGUCUAGCUAGGUCUAGUCUAUGACGUCACCGAUUGUUAUAACCUGGGGAAAAAGUGGAUUCCCUUUAUUAAUAUGUAUAAGUGUCUUCCUGUAUACUAAUUUGGAUUUCCUGCAUACUAAUUAAGUGUCUUCCUCCAUAUAUAAUGAAGUGGAUAGGUUUACUAAUGAGCGUCACUCUACUACAAUAGAAACAAUAGGCUUGCCUAGACUUGCCCGCGCUCUUUUAACCCUGAUUGGAUAGUAAACAAUCUAUUAUGUGUUUAACAUAAAAGCGCGCUUUCCCUUCAGUAUUUCAUUCUCGCAAUCGCUUUACUAAGGAAAAAGUCUUACUAUCAGCAAUAUUUUUUAAAACAUUGCUCCCAACAUGCAAGUCGAAUCGAGCUGUAAACUUGUCUGACUAUUACAGAACUGUUUUCUCCCAUCUAUCUCGAGGACAUGAAAAACUAUUGAAGUCUCAACGUUUCACGCACGGUUAAUCAGGUAAUUAUGCGAGUUCACAAGCCCAAAGUUGAAUACAAAUUUGCUCUACAGGAAAGACCCAAGGGAGCACCUUGACGUAUUAUUAUAAAACAAAUAACUUAACAAGGAUCAAUUAAAACACGCGACUAAUAAUUGCUAGCAAUAAAAUCUGACACGAGAUACCGUUUAAAACAAAAAGAGUCAAAUACACAACGAUUUGAAAGAAAUCUAUUAAAACAGUCAAAGAAAGCAAGUCAUGUUUUACUUACCCCUCUCCCUUUCUCCCUGGUGGAGGGAAAACAAUAGAAAUGUGGUGGUGGUGGUGGUGGUGGUGGUGAAGGGAAAACAAUUAAAACGAGGAGGAGGAGGUGGAGGAGGAGGGAAAACAAUAAAAAAUGAGGAGGAGGAGGGAAAACAAUAAAAAUGAGGAGGAGGAGGAGGAGGGAAAACAAUAAAAAAAUCAGGAGGAGGAGGAGAAGGGAAAACAAUAAAAAAUGAGGAGGAGGAGGAGGGAAAACGAUAAAAAAUGAGGAGGAGGAGGAGGAGGAGGGAAAACAAUAAAAAUGAGGAGGAGGAGGUGGAGGAGGAGGGGGAGAAUAAAAAACAUUGAGGAGGGAAAAUAAUAAAAGUUGUGGAGGAGGGAAUAAAAACAUUGAGGAGGGAAAAUAAUAAAAUUUUGGAGAAGGGAAAAAGAAAAAAUUGAGGAGGGAAAUAAAAUUGAAAAGGGAGAGGGGUAAGUAAAACAUGACUUGCUUUCUUUGACUGUUUUAAUAGAUUUCUUUCAAAUCGUUGUGUAUUUGACUCUUUUUGUUUUAAACGGUAUCUCGUGUCAGAUUUUAUUGCUAGCAAUUAUUAGUCGCAUGUUUUAAUUGAUCCUUGUUAAGUUAUUUGUUUUAUAAUAAUACGUCAAGGUGCUCCCUUGGGUCUUUCCUGUAGAGCAAAUUUGUAUUCAACUUUGGGCUUGUGAACUCGCAUAAUUACCUGACUAACCGUGCGUGAAACGUUGAGACUUCAAUAGUUUUUCAUGUCCUCGAGAUAGAUGGGAGAAAACAGUUCUGUAAUAGUCAGACAAGUUUACAGCUCGAUUCGACUUGCAUGUUUGGAGCAAUGUUUUAAAAAAUACUGGUGAUAGUAAGACUUUUUCCUUAGUAAAGCGAUUGCGAGAAUGAAAUACUGAAGGGAAAGCGCGCUUUUAUGUUAAACACAUAAUAGACUGUUUACUAUCCAAUCAGGGUUAAAAGAGCGCGGGCAAGUCUAGGCAAACCUAUUGCUCCUAUUGUAGUAGAGUGACGCUCAUUAGUAAACCUAUCCACUUCAUUAUAUAUGGAGGAAGACACUUAAUUAGUAUGCAGGAAAUCCAAAUUAGUAUGCGGGAAGACACUUAUACAUACUAAUAAAGGGAAUCCACUUUUCCCCAGGUUAUAACAAUCGGUGACGUCAUAGACUAGACCUAGCUAGACCUUGCUAGACACCAAAACGGUUAAAUUUGACCCUAGUAUACUACUACAGUCAAUCAGAACAAAUGUAAAUAUAAAAGGUCAGCCGCUUUGUUUUCAUUAUUAAAGGCGAGUUGGUCACCUUCAAGAUUGUUUCCCGUCCAGAUGAUACCGCGCUUUCACUUCAUUAACAAGGAGUGUUUCUCACUCAACCAAUCAAGAUUCUUUAGUUGCGCUAAAGUUUUGUGUGUGGUUUGCUUUCAGACAUCGAUGAUUGUAUCAGUGUUACUUGCAACAACGGCGGUACCUGUGAAGAUGAAAUAAAUAGCUUCACUUGUGUUUGUUCAUAUGGAUACACUGGAGAAUUUUGUGAUACAGGUAAGCAGAAAGUGUCUAUUUCUAGAAAUCAUGGAAGGAGAGAGGUAGAAUUUGUUUCCACUUUUUCAUGGUCGUAAGGCAUCUACAAUUAUGCGAACAACAACAGCGUACAACAGACCAAAGAAGACGCUGGAUACCCGAGAUAUUAAUCGAUGUCGCCACGAGUUUUCCUGCCUGCGAAUUGAAUUUGAUUUUUCGUUACGUUCCUCAAUUUUCGCUGCAGUUAAGCUGGUAACUGCAAUAAAUUCUAUAUAUUUUUAUUAUUAUUAUUAUUAUUAUUAUUAUUAUUAUUAUUAUUAUUAUUAUUAUUAUUAUUAUUAUUAUUAUUAUUAUUAUUAUUAUAUCAAUAAUCUGCCUCGUAGUAUCGACAGUUUUGCCCCCCCAAAAGAAUCGCUUUGGCGAAAAAAACGAACUAUUGCCACCUUUCCCACUAUAAAACUGUAAAGCCUCCUGCGAGAAAGAGCUUUAGUUUCUUAAAAAAAUAAUUACCCCAGAUGGGCGAUUACCAUGAACAAACACCCUUUACAAAAGACAAAAAGAAAUAAAGAAAUAAACAGAAUAGAAGAACAAAUAACAGUAUUGGGGCUAGCAUAAUAAGGACCGCUGCAAGUUAUUGGGUGAAGUCAACUCCAAUAAUUGUGUUUCGGUAAAUGAAUGGUAUAUUUCAUUUCAGAGCUGCCGACUACAUCUUCAGAGAGUACCACAGAGCCGGCAAAACCAACAACCGAUGAAGUCUCCAAUGAACGGAAGACAGGUUGAUCGAUUGACAUCCAUAACAUCAUAAGAAACAUGUUUGCAUUAAACCAAUCAGUCCACGCAUUUUACUCCUUGACUUAAACGAAAAUUCACAAAACUACCGUGUUAAAAUGGUGGUGUUUUUUUGCACAAAAAAAAUUUCAGAAUCAACUUCGUGCCACUUUUAUGUCAUAUCUCGUAACCAUGACAACCAAUUGUCACCAAACUUGCCAAAAAUGUGUCUAAACAUCAGAGAAUCGCUAGAAAGAGGGGUGAGGUUCUAUAAAAGUCAGAGAGUUUAUUAUUAUUAAUAUUAAUUAUAUCUAUUAUUAUCAUAGUCGUCAUCAUCAUCAUCAUCAUUAUUAUCAUUAUUAUUAUUAUUAUUAUUAUUAUUAUAAGUAUUUUAUCAUGUUUUUAUUAAAAGCAGCAGUGCUGUCAUUUAUUUGCCAUUACGACAGAAAUAUCUACUUCACUUCUAUGUAUAUUUUAUUUUCAACCAGAUUUCACUUUCGAAAUUCGUGUUAACGAGAAGUGGGACGACCAAUUAGAAGAUAAAGACAGUGAGAAAUAUAAGAAAAUUUCCACAUUGCUCAAAGAACAGGUACAGUUAAACAAGGACGUACAACAUCUUUUAUUUUCUUGUCGGCAAAGCCUCUCACUUGCGAAUCCGCUCUUGAUGGCCUUUUCAUGUUCCCCCAUAUUUGGCAUGGUUCAGCACAUUCCUGCAUGUAGGUCGCACUAUCAUGCUUUCACUCGCGCUUCCAUAGUCACGUAUUUAAGUAAAUAGAGCCCUCUUUCCACAUGAAGUCACGGUCGCCAUGUUGGUGUCCCAAAACAAUCAAACGGCGACCAUGAACUAGUCCUGUGGGAGUUUUUAAACUCUUUUCGUAUGCAAACGCAAUAAAUUUUCAUGGCUGCUGGCCCCGCUAGUGACGAGAAAGCACUAUGGUGGACUAAGUGAAGCAACGAGAAAAUGUCGCUUGACGUUACCAACGUAAUCCCAAUUUUGAUUCCUAUUUGGGAUCUUUUGUUCGUAAGUACAGGAGAGAACUCUAAAUUUCUCAUUUUUAGUCUAAUGCAUUCUUCCAUCGACAUUGCAGAUUUUAAAGGCAUAUUCUGGAAAUUCUGAACUGCAAAAUGUUGAGAUAAUUUCUUUCAGGUAAUGUGUAUUUAAAUGCUGAAAUUAUUAUUCUUGAGAUUAUUAGAAGCUUCAUCAUCACCACUAUUGACAAUAUUUUUUUUAUGAAAAUUAUUAUUAUUAAUAUAUGACAAAUUAAUCCUCAAUUUUGAGGCGAAAUUUCUUUAUUUAAUGCAGAUGUGAAAUAAGUAAAAUGUCAGGCCAACCGCCAAAAAUUAGGCAGUCAUUUUGCUUGUAUUUAAAUUCUAAUACUUUCUCUCACCUAAACGCAAGUGAGACUUUUCCUGAACUUCAAUCGCCACCUGUUGAUUACACAUUUUAACAAGAAAAAAUAAAAAAGAACAUCUACAUCUACAUUUAUUAAGUUGAUGAAACCUUGUAAGACAUCACAUCAACUGUAAUGAAAGCUAAAAUAAAAUAUAUAUAUAUACAUAUGUGUAACAUAUGCAUAAGUUGAAUAAAAGUAAAUAUGUCAAAUAAAAAAAUAAAUAGAUGAUAAUUCAAAAUUAUAAUUUGCUUCACUUAUUUCACGUGCUUUCCUAAAUUUAACUUAAAAUCAGAUAAUGACUUGCAAUUUACUAAGUCAGCGGGCAGUGAGUUCCACUCUGUUUUUGAUCUAGGAAAAAAGGAAAACUUAAAGACGUCCUUAGAAACUUUUAGCAUUCUAUACUUAAAAGCAUGGCUGUUGCGUGUUCUUAAUUCACUGUUUGGUAUUAAGUGUUCUUCUGUGUUUAUGUCUACUAGACUAUGACUAAGUUUGUACAUUAAAGUCAAUCUGUUUUUCUUUCGCCUUGUUUCUAAUGUGUCCCAUUUCAGAUCAGAUAACAUGUCUGUCACACUUGCUGUUUUGUUGAAGUUUUGAAGGCAAAAACGAGCAGAACGUUUAAAAAAAACUCUCUGUUCAGCGAAAUACUGAGGCCCCUUCAAAACCUACCGGAUAUUUUUUAAAAAACGGAGAUUUUCUUUUCGUCCGCAUGUAAACGGCGUUUUCGGCCACCAUACUGUAGGUUCCCCACCCAGCUUCCUGCUGUGUGUGGACGAACGAAAACGGGAGGUUUUUCAAUAUGAAGAUGUCAUACAUCAGUCAUUUACUACUAGCAUUACGCAUGCUCUGUAAGGGAUGCUAUCGUUUCCAUCGUUUUUACGCGUUUUCACGUGGACGUGCGAAAUCGAUUCAAAUACUACACGCUUCAUGUGGACGUGUAUUGUCUUUGAAAGCGGAGAAACGGAAAAUCUUCUUUUUCAAGAAUAUCCUGGAUACAUGAGGCCGAGGCCUUAAUUCUUUGUGAUGGUGAUUUUAAAUUCCUUAGGAAAGGCAGUAUUAUAGUUGAAUUUAAACUGACAUUCAAAACACGUCUAACUGCCAAAGAAGCCAUGGCCCCACUAAAGCAAGAAACAGCCGAUGGAAAAUUAGGGAGCUUAGAGGUGGACUCAAACUCUUUAAAACUUAAAGACAACAAUCAAGGUAAAUGGGUUGAACCCUGGAUACGUGGCAUAAGUACAUUGAAUAUAUAUGGGCGUUGAGUAUGGCUCUUCUAGUGUCGACAUUUCUACAGAGGUCGUCAACACAGUCAAAGUGAGUUGUAACAUCUGUCGAUAGUGUUAGACUCUGCAUGAUAAUUGACAUGAUUGGUCAAUUAGGUCGUCGCUCGCUGUAUCAAUUUACUAUUGGCUAUGAGGACUCUAAACGUUUCCCAACAAUUCAUCCACGUUUUUCUUAGUUAGUAAACCAGCUUUCUAAAGUGAUUCGUUUGUAGUGAACUGAAGAGAACGUUAGAUAUUCAUCAGGACUGCAGACACCGCGAUCAUUCCUCUGACCAUCAGCAUUGAUUGACCACUCCAGAAAAUACCAUAACAUACCAUAAUGCUCUUUGUUUGUCAGCCCAAAAUUUUUCAUAAGCAUUGUUUUCAGUUUCUCUCGGGGCCAUUUUAACUCCCAAGAGAAACUGAAGACAAUGCUUAUGCAACAUUUUGGGGUGACAAAAAAAGAGCAUUAUGGUAUGUUACGGUAUUUUCUGGAGUGGUCAAUUAGAUCUUCGAGUCAGAGUAUUUUGUGAGAUGGUAUUUCAUUUUUAUUUACAUGUAGUCACGGACUGCCUUUGAGAUAUAAAACCUAUUUCAUACGCAAUCACUUUGUUUUAAAUCAUUGGAGAAAUUUAAGAUUCAUUGCUUCGACAGUUUCGUUUUAGAGAAUCACAGAAAGUGAUGCCAGGAAAAUUUAUUAGUCGGGUCAGAUUAUAUCAUUGUAAAAAAAAAAAACUAAAAAAACUACCUCCAAUUGCAUAUUUUCGGAUGAAUGAAGUUUGUAUUCCACUAAAUUAUUAUUGUCUUACACAGGUGGCAAUAAGGAUGAAGGGUCCACCAAGUUGUCCAAUCUGCCGUUAAUUAUUGGGGUUGCGUGCGGUGCUGUUUUGGUAAUUGCCGUCAUCAUAAUCUUGGUCGUUUUCCACUGUAAACGCUCUACUCCAGGUGGUAGCGACAGUCGUAUUGGGGAUGCCAUGCCUGAUGAACCGAGCGGCUCGAGACGAGAGCGAUAUGAAUUGAAACCAACAGAUUCGAAGGAAGAAAACAUUGUUUUGGUGGAGGAAAAAGGCAUUAGUAACCAAGGAAUGGAAUAAACGACCUUUUGAUACCUCAACCUCCGUCUUGUUUAAACACCCUAAUUUUCUGAUUGAACGAAAAACUAUUUAACCCGAUGUAGAAAAUGUGCUUACAAGUGACGCUUCGACGGGGCAGGGUCAAGUAUCGUCACAUGACCUCAAACUUGAAAGUUAAACGAAGAAUCUAAGCGCCUUAGAGGCAUCAGUUAUUUUAGGUUUAUAAAUACAAAACUUUGCGAUUGCGACUGUGUAUAUGAUAACAACAGGGAUAUUUAGAAAAGACACGCAACAACGAUGGCGCUUAGAUCUAAAAACCGGCUUAACCGAUGGCAGAACGGCAUUUAAGCACCGGAAGUCGCGCUUAGUUACGCGUUCAUUUGACCUUGCGAUUCUUGUUUUCUUUUCAUUUCUCUUUUUGCUAAAUCUUCUUGGAAUUUACCCGUUACCACCUUAUUAGGCAGAUUUAGAAAGGCAUCAUUAAAACAGCGCGCGAGGAUCUAAAAAUCUCACGCGCGCAGAUCUAAAAAAACAACUUCACAAAAUUAUCGUAACUUCCCAGUCUACACAAUGUAUUUUACCUUUACUCAUCUUCUCAAGAGAUCGAUUAUAGUUAUCAUUUAUAUUGCUUUAAGCCUUGCAUUUCCAAAAAUGGUAUCGAUCAAAGUACGUCAGUAUUUCUAUUCAAUCUGGC